AUGAGGAUUAAUGCUAGACGUCAAAGUACUGAACUUAUAGACUGUAAGUGGCAGAGUCUUCAGUUGAAGAUGUUCUCUGACUUAACUACGGUAUGUUAGAUAUAAUGGGUUGGAUUCUCUUCUCAGAAUUUACUGUUUACUGAAUUGCCAUUCUUCUUUUGAAGUCUAUGGGGAAAAUAAUAUAAUCUAGCCUCGUAUUGUAACUUGGUUGUCAUAUAUCAUUGCAACAUAUUUUUUUUUAAUUUAGUUUAGUGAGUAACAACCAUUGCAUUAUCUGAGAUUAAGAAGUUUCCCUUUUCUUUAAAAUUUACAGGAAGAUCCAGUGCUCCCCAGAAAUAUGCCCCCUGCAGUGGGGGCAAUAAUGUGGUCAAGAAAAUUAUUGUCAAAUAUUGAAAGCACAAUGAAGGUGAGUUAAUGGCCAAUUUGCUGCAUUUACUAAGAUAAAAAACCAUAAGGGGAUUUAAAAAUAUUAACUGAUCAAGACAGAAUCAUGUGGUCUGAUUGUUUACCUACCUACAAAAAGGGAAUUUUAAUAAUUACUGCAAGAUCAAUUUUCUUCCGACAUAGAUUUAGUUAAUUUUUCUUUUACAGGCUCACUUAGUUUUAAUUAUUAGUUCAGUGGCAUUUGUUACCGUUAUUACUUCUAGUGCUUACGGCUGCUUAUGACCCCUGAUAAGUAUCAGAAUCACCAUAAAGUUUUCAUCUGGUUGUACUGUAUCCUUACCAGCUAUCUAUUUGUAUAUUUUAAACAAAUAACACCAUUAAACAAACAAUAUUUAAUAAUAAUUUACACAAAAGCAACAAUUUGUCCAUCUAUAUAACACAGAUAUUCAUAUGCCACAUUGUAGUUUACAAAUGUCAAGAAUGUACCCAUUUUCUUCCAUUUCUGCGUGGAGCCUCUGGUAGGGCUUGAACACUUUUGAAUGCUUUUUAUGCUAGGACUUAAUACAUGUUUUUUAUUACAUUAUAAUGUCACCUAUAGUUUUAUUUCACUUCUGCACUGUUGUUAUACAGUUUGCUUUUCCAAAACACUAACUCCAUUUACUUGAAUAGAGGCUUAUUACAUAUAUCUGUAAAAAUAUUGAACAUCUUCAAUAUGGGGGAAACUAAAAUGAUUUUAGGAUUUUAGGAUUCAGAAUUAAUUAUGCAUAGUGAUCAGAACAGUAUGCACCAUGACCUAUUAAACAUGAUUAUAUUAAAUUCCAACAAUGUCCCCUGUCACAGGUUAAAAAUAGAAAAAUAAAACGGAAGGCAAAAGAGGGAUUCAUUUUUGUCUUUUAGCAUGCUCUAACAUCCCCAUCAAUGGGAACCCCAAUCCCAAACAAAAUCUUUACUAAUUACUGGGGCUAUAGUCCCACAUCAGUUUUUUUUUUUAAUAUCCUAUUUUACAGUGUUCUUUGUGAGCUUUCUUUGACGUGUCACCAUGUAAAGAAGGAGAAAUUAUUAGAAAAUAUAAGCUAUAAAUGUCUUAAUUGAUGAUGAACAAUGUAGCUUCAUUUUCUAUUCAUUUUCGUUCAGGUUUUCAGAAGUGUACGAAUUAUUACAAUGUGCCUGACAUACUCCCAAACUGUAAAACUGUACAAUCGGUUAGCCACUGCCUUACUGAAGUAUGAAGAAUUGUGGUAUCAGAAGUGGAGGACACAGGUUGACAAAAGUCUGAGUGGUCUUAAUUACACAUUACUUGUUCAAGAUCCAGUUACAAAACAAUUUAAAGUCAACACUGACUGGAGGUAAUAAACCUUUCUUAGCAAAGUAUAAAAAAAUAAAACAUUAAAAAAAUAAUCUGAAUUUUGGUUAAUAACGUUAUAUUUAAAUGUUUGGCUAUUAAUAAUUAUGCUGUACCAGAUAAUAUGUAUCUAAAUUGAGUUUCCUUUACAUCAAACAAAUUCAGAAUAAUCCACCUGAUGGAAGAGACUAAAUGGAUGUUGAGGCUUGGGAUCAAUGUUCCAGAAGCUGCUCUUGUUGCAUUUAAUCAGGUAUUAAACUACGUUGUGAUCUAUAACUUAUAUAUACAGUCAUGGUUUGGUAUAAAGACUCAUUGUAGUGUUGAUAUAUAACAUAGAUAACUGGAGUAGCAUUCCAUUUGUUGACAAAAUCUUACACAAGGAACCUAUGAAAAGUGCUUUAACCAAAAAAUGGAACAUCAAAGAGUAGCUUAUCAUAUCUUUAAACCCAAACAUGGAUCUGAAGGACCAAACUCAUGGAGGAGUCUGCUGAGUUUGAGGUUUCUCAAUUGUGCCAGCUACAUCUGUAAACCAAUUAUAUCAAAUGUAUUGAUUAUUGAUUUUUUAUAAGAUUGCAUGGCAUUGUUAACCAAAUCGGUUAGAUGCUCAAUGGUCCAAAUGCUUUCAACUCGAGCAUCCCAGUAUUUCUUAGGUACAUUUCUGACAAAUAUCUUAAUAUUUACUAUUAAUUAAAUUGUUUUACAACAGGCUUCAAUAAAACUGCAUGUUUUAAUGAUUAUUUUUUGUAUUGUAUUGUCAUUCUUCCUUUAUGUUUAAUUUUACAUAGAAUUGUUCGGUGCAUUAAUCAGUGCUAUGAAUGUGCACAUUGCAAUUAAAUGUUAACAAAGUUUUUUUUGGCAAAUAUUUUUAAGGCUGAAAAAUUCAAGAUGUAUAAGAGUGAAUUGCAAGACAUGGUUGAAGAAUAUAGAAAACUUCAAAAGAAGAUCCCACAAAGCUUUUCUGCCUUAUUUGCUCCACAUCUAGAGAGAGUAAACCACCACUUUCAACCAGGAUUAUUUACCUUAUCGUGGAGCAGUGUCAACAUAGAAGGACUUCUUCAUCAAGCCAAUACAGCUGUCAAAAAGUACAAAUAUUGAAAAAUGUUGUCAUAAUACCAUCUAAAAUAGACUACUAUCUAAAAUAGACUAUGCAUAGUCAAAAUUACUAGAAAUCUCCCUUUUUGUCUGUCGCACACUGCCUCCACUUCUACUAACAGAAAGCCGGGAGCUCUCUGUCUGAGCAAAGCCCCAAAGUACAUCUCAGUGGCCAAUAAGCCUGCACUGCAAUACUUUGAUUAGAAUGACUACUUGCUCAGUCGUAGCAAGCAAAGUCUUUAAAGACAGAUAAGUUAUCAUUUUCUAUACAAUUUUAAAUUAAAAUAUUUGCAUAAUCAACGAUAUUUUAAAUUUCUCAUCCACUACCUCUUCCUAUUAGUUCCUCGCUCCAGUUUAUGACAGGUUUUUAAAAAUAAAAAUAUAUAAUUUCUUAUUGUAUACAUUGUAAUUAACCAGCUUUUUGUUCAUGUAGAUUGGAAGACAUUUUUAACAAAGUCUCAGACAUAAAGAGGAAUGUGAUUGAGAAAAGCCUUGAAGAGAUUUGUUAUUAUGAUUUAUAUCCUGUGGAUGAAAUAACUAAUGGACCAAAGGUAUAGCAACUUGAUAUGUCAUUAAUAAUCUGUUAGGUUCAAGGUUAGAAUUGUUGUGGACUUAAAUCUGAUUUAAUAACAGAACAGACAUAACGGUGAUCAUAGCUUAAAAUACAAGGAUUUAUUGGAGGCUUAAUUAUAAUGAAAAAAAAAAUAUAAUGAUGUAGGACUGGGAUAGGCAACCUUCGGCAGUCCAGAUGUUGUGGACUACAUCCCCUAUAAUGCUCUUACACCCAUAAUGCCUGCAAAGCAUUAUGGGAGGUGUAGUCCAAAACAUCUGGAAUGCCAAAGGUUGCCUAUGCAUGAUGUAGGAUAUCAGUCAACUGCAUAUUUCUUUUCAAUGGUUGGUGUCAUAAUGUGAGUCAUAGAGCAUAUUACAGUGUCUCUGUCACUUCUAAAUAUUUAAUUAAAAUGCCCAUGCAAAUGCAAUCUGUUUUGUCUUAUGAGGAAGCAUGAGGUAACAAAAGGUGUAGCUUUGCCAUCAACUUUAGUCAAAUCACAGCAGCCAUUAGAAGUGAUGUCUGUGGAAACCAGGUCUUGUCUCGGUCAUCAUGAGACCAAAUCUAUGAUGUCUUCCGCUGUCUCAUGGGAUCCUCUAUAGAUCUCAGUAUUAUACCCUCGAGGCUUGGACACAGAGCAUGGUAUAGGAUGAAGCUUUGUGAGGGGCCAUAACAUUUACCCUUGGGCAGAAUCCCCGCAGUCUUUUUACUACCUAGCAUUAUGCGCCUCCUGUCAGUAAAGUUAACAGAUGCAGACAUUUUCUUUUAACUAAUGAAUAUAAUUAUUAAAGGGACACUAUAGUCACCAGAACAACUACAGCUUAUUGAAUUUGUUCUGGUGAGUAGAAUCAUUACCUUCAGGCUUGUUGCUAUAAACACUGUCUUUUCAGAAAAAAUGCAGUGUUUACAUUACAGCCUAGUGAUAACUUCACUGGCCACUCCUCAGAUGGCUGUUAGAGAUCCUUCCUGGGUCAUGGCUGCCUAAAAUGCAUCCAAACAUUCAGUAUCUCCUCCCUCUGCAUGCAGACACUGAAUACAUGUUUGUGUUCCUGACCCUAUAGUGAUCCUUUAAUAUUAUUUUUUAACAAAAUAAGUAUAUAAUAGCCACAUGUAUGUAUAUUUGUGUGAUUGCUGACUUCUCCACUUGUCUAUGUAACAUAUAUCUCAAAUGUGUCCUCAAGAAAAACAACUACACUGUUUAAAUUAUCACUAUUUUGUAACUGUAGCUAUUUAGUAAAACAAAUGAAUACUUAGAGGGGUUAUCUGAUCUUUACAUUUGCAUUUUUUACAGUAUCUGAAAACUACCAUUAUGGAUAGAAUAUUAAUUUCUCAAACACAAGAAGCAGAGACCGAACCUGUUUGCCCUGCCUUCUUGAGAAUGUUUAUUACAUUAUUAAGUAAAUAAUAAUGUAAAAAUUAAUACUUAGUAAUAAUUCAGUUUUACAGCUAUGUAGAUGGGGCAGUGCCUGAGGAGAGUCAUGUGUGGGAAUGUAAUCCCAUAUUAAUAGGGUGGUUAAAAUCCCUGAAUGAAGAUUCUGUACUUGUACUCAAGUCAUCAGCCUUCAUACUGAUUAAAAUUGUCCUGAAGAAUGCAGCCGAUAUUCUUAUAAUUAUUACACGGAUAGUUCUCAAUAUUUGCCUUGAAUCCUUGUGGCUUACCAGACAUACUGAUUUUGUCUCAGACAUACCAAUGUCUCAUAGGAGCACAACAGAGCUCACAGAAAAUAAUGGAAAUUAAUCAAAGUGGAAUCUUAACUAGUUUAACCUUUUUUUCUACAAAUAAAAUGUGCCUGGAGAAUCUCACUAUAGUGCAAUGCAUUAUAAACAUUUGAUGGGUGAAGGGGAAGGUCCAGGCAAAUGUGUGUAGGUAAGAUGGGCCGAGGUAGGUUAAAUAAAGCCAUAUCUGCAUUUUCCUGAUAUUUAAAGAAGCCGCAGUUUGACAGCUGCUUAACACUUAAAGGGACACUAUACUCAUCUUAAUGAAGUGGGUCUGGGUGCAGUGUCCCUGUCUUUUUAAGGGAAGACUAUAGUGCCAGGAAAACAAAGCUGUAUUUUUUUGGCACUACAGUGCCUCCUCCCUCGCACCCCCUAACCCUGUGUUGCAGAAGGGCCAAUAAGAGUGACGAUGUCAGCCAAUAGAGGCGCUUCCGCUGCAAUGACCAAUACAUUUUGGUUACGGAUGUGUAAGUCCCCAUAAGAAGGCAAUGAAUGAAUGCUGUGGAAAAAUUUGAGGGCACGCACGGCACUCACCUGGGAUGAGCAUUAGGUCUCCAAUGCUCCUCAAUGAGGAACAUUGGAUUGGACAUUGGUGACAUCACAGGAAGGAGAAAGGUGAACAGCGCAGAGGUGCUGGAAAAAGGUGAGUAAAACUUGGGUGUUUUUUUUACACCGGUUUAUGGCAAACAGGGCUCGGAAUUAUAUAGACCUAUGUAUAGAUUCAGGUUUGUAUUCCUAAUGCUAUAGUUUUCCUUUAAGCUUUCUUGUUUCCCCAGUGAAUAUGUCUAUGGAAGAUCAGAAGUCUAUAUUAUUUUUUUAAGAUAAGAUGUCACCAUAAAAUGGUUUGUUUGGUUACCACUCUACUCAUAUCAUAUUUUCAUGCAAAAUGUAAAAGUAGAUUAUAAUCAAAAUAAAAUUGUUCAUAAUUGGUUAAUCAUGUAUAGGCCAUGUAAUAUAGAACCAUACCAUUGUAACGAUUAAUAAAACAUUAUACAUGCUGCUUUAAGUAAUUAUCGAACUUCAAUUCCAGAGUCCUGAGGAUUUUUUGCAGUUGAUCAAAAGUUUUGUACUGGAGAGAAAACAUGUUUUAGAAGGGAUGGCAUCUACAAUUAAAAGUGCAUUUUCUGAUAUCAUUGGAACGUUAAAGAGCUUUCCGGUAUAGUACCUACAAGCCUUACUUCAUCUCUAUCACAGGAAAUGUCCACUUUAUUGUCUGCUUUCUGCUUAGAUAUUCUCAUCAACAACAGUUUAUCUAAUUAUCAAAUAAUUUCUUUUUCACAUAGUACACUUAAUAAAUACAUUUAACUAAAUAUUUCUUCUUUCCCUUCUAAAUUCUAGUGAAUCCCACAGUGGCCAUAUUUGUAGGGGGUGAGGGGGUCAACAUAACAGACAUAAUGCAUUACCUGGUCUAUAAAGUUAAAUUGUGGUCUUUUAAUAUAAAUGCUUGGAAACUAUAAGGAAGAGGUCAUAGAAGUGUUACUACAGUAAUAUGUCUUUAUGUUGAUUGUGUCUAUUUCUCAGGAUCCCACAGAAGAAAAUCAUGGAACAGCUGCAAAUUUGAAGAAUACCAAACUAACUUCGAAUUCUUGGAUCCAUAAAUCAUCACGUAAAUUACAGCCAGUAUCUGUAUCCUCUGAAACUGCUAGUAAUUGUUGCUCUGAAGAGAUCAUUAAUCAAGUGUUUGGUAUGUUGUAGAUGGAUUUCAACACAAUUAGACAAACAAACGCCUAUGUACAUAUACCUUUACACUCACACACCAUAUUUGUUGAACGGAAAUGUCCAAAUAAGCAAUUUAAACCCUUGUGUAUUUAUUUAUAAAAUAUUUUUCCAGGAUGGAUACAUUGAGAUUUCUCUCGUUUUUAAGUAUGUCCUGGGUCCACAAAACAUUGCAGUGUUACAAUAGGAUACAAUAUUACAAAAAUAUAAUAUACAAACAAUAUAUAUACACACAUAUAUAAAUUUAAUGCAUAACAGGUAAUAAAUAUAUUUUAGAUGUUUGCUUAUUUGAUAGAAGACAAAGUUACUGAUAAGUUGCUGCCUGAUCUGUGUAGUAUUGUAAUGUUUAUUUAAAGAUGCAUGUCAUUUUACAUGUGACAUUGCCUCACAGCUGAUUGCAGUGGAUGCUGGCAGAACUCAACCUUAUUAACUCUUUAAUGACACAACUUCUGGAAUAAAAGGGAAUCAUGACAGAAUAUUUCCGUCAUGUGUCCUUAAGGGGUUAAUUAGAAAUACGUGGGAAAAUUCCUGAUCUAGGCAAGCUCUCCAUGAUAUAAACUGGGAAUUGGCUUUAGCUGGCACUGAGUAUACCUCAGCUGGGUCUAAUGCAAAUUCCAAGAGUACGGAUCAUAUUAUUACUGUGUUGGUACGAAUGUUGUUUGAAAAUGUAAACUGUGACCUCUAUUGAUCAGAUGACAUUGUCCAUGUGCAUUAUCAUGUAUUCUACCUGGUGUUCUUGUGAGGGCUGUCAGCAUUUCUUAUUAUCUUGCGUUUAGCCCAAUAGGGACCGGUAAUACGCUCUAUACGUUUUCCUCUGAUUCUGACCUACGUUAUGUUAUAUGGUAUUGUAUCUGGACUCUCUCCCUGUAUCAAAGGAAAUAAAUUUACCUUUAUCAAACAGAUUUUUAAGACUUUGAAGGCCGGCAUGCCUCAGACGAGCAAAGCAGGUCCGGACAUUGGCUGGUUUUCUUGUUUCUCUGUAUCUCCGUAAAUCUGACCUUUGCUUGUUCUGAUCUCAGUAAUAAUUUGGAAAGUCUGCCUAGGACACAGAAACUCAAAAAAGUAUUUGCAAACUCUUCUAGAAUUCCCAGCUUGAGAAGCAAAUAAGCACAGACAGGCAUCGUGUUUAAGACUUUAUCCUAUAUAACUGCAUAAAUGCAGGCUGAAUUAUAAGACACAAUGCUUGUCUGUGCUUUCUUGCAUGUCAUGUUAGGAAUUCAAGCAUAGCUGUGUAAACAUGUUUUAUCAUAGUUUUUGUGCCCAUGGCGGACUUCCGAAAUAUGCAGGUGACACACAAAAUAGUAUUUUUUUAAAAAUACAUUAUUUAAUAGUGCAUUAAAAUAUGCAAAAAAAUGGAAGUAGAAAAUGUAAGAUUAAAAAGGUAAGAACAAUACUUUCAAGUUUCCAGAAGUUCCCAUAAUUUUCAAAAGGAGCUUUGUUUAUCUCAUGAUAUCUGUUUAGUACAUGAGAGGAUGACCUAAUAAUAUAACAUUAAUAAUAGGACCCGUUUAUUCUACAGUUUCUUAAAACGAUACACGUUCUGUUUUCCAGAAUCCCUAAGUGAUGACCUCUACAAUGCUGUAUAUACCUGUGUAUGUCGGUCACUAAUCACCUUGGCUCAGCUUACAGGAUGUGACAUGGAAAACUUGGCUAGUGAAUUAUCAGUAAUAUUUAUGCAAAACAAUAAAGAUACUAAAGAGGAAUCAGUUGAGUCUGAAUUCAUAAGCAGAAGCCAUUUAGAGUCUAUAAAAAAGCUAGUAACAACAUCUUACACAGGGGCACAGAGAUUAAGGUACAGUUAUGUUCUAAUAUUUCAUUAUUAUAUUUUAAUAGAUAUAAGAGACUAAAAAUAUGUGUUCUAGUACUUUUCUAUUUUAUAAAAACUAUGAAAACAUUUAGGGAAAACUAGAACAUUUGUGGGUCAGCUCUAUUAUGGAAUGCCAUUCAAUCUUCCUGAAUGACAUCCCAGGGCUGCCUCCCACUUUGCCAUAAAUGGAAAGGGGAGAAGGUACCUUGUUUGAAUCAUCAUGCUGUACAACAGCGAGACACCCCUAUGCAAAAGGCAUUUCUUCACAGCACAAUACAUUCAGGGAUUUCUUCAAGCACAUUUUUGGGGGGGAUUGAGGAGGUGUAGUGAAUUGUUUGAUAGUAUGUAAUUAAAAUGCUGCAAAAGCAUAGGUGCUCGCUCAGGGAGACUCACUUGCAGUGUGUUCAACUGUCCAUAAGAUAACACCAAGUGAUGAACUCUGGGGGGGGGGGACGCCCCUGGGAAAAUCAUUUUCACAUAGCCUGUAGACCCUGCAAAAAUGUUAGGAUUAGCCCAGAGUGGGAGCUUAGAGAAAUAAUGUAUGAUUAAAGGAAUUAUCUAAGCUCUAAAACAACUUUAGAUUAAUAAAGCAGUUCUAGUGCAUAGCUUCAGGGCUGGCGUGGCCGCUAGGUACAUUAAGCACCUCAGUCUGCACCUGGUCUGCAUCUUGUUAGACCAAGUAGAGGAAACCGAAGAUCCUAUACCAUGGUCUGCAGUUUGGCUACACUACAUGAGGGAGGUGAGCUAGCACAGGGAGGGGUAUGAAACUACAAAAGGGUCUGGAGGGGACCCUAAAGGGACAGGGUGGGGGAAACCAUAAAGGGAUAAGGAAGAAACCAUAAAGUGACAGGGGGGACAAAGAGGCACACAGAUGGGCUGGGGGGACAAAGAGGCACACAGAUGGGCUGGUGGGCACGCACAGAGACACAAUGGGGCUGUGGUAGACAAAGAGACCCACAUAGGGGCUGUGGGGGACAAAGAGAGAUACAGAGAGGCUGGGAGGGAGGAGAACCACAAUUGAGUUUGGGGGGGAAACACACAUGGGGAAGGGGAAAAAGAGACACAAAGUUGGCAAUUGUUUUUUUGGGUAUCUAGGGUGCGAAAUAGUCUUGGACCGGCCCUGCAUAGGUUAUGCUCCUACAUUCUCACUGCUCAGUUAUCUGCCAUUUAGAAGUUUAAUCACAGGUACUGGGUAAUUUUAAAACUGGAGAAUGUGUCAGCAAGCUAAUGUCACUCGCAUUAUUUGUGUCCCUAUCAAAAAGUGUAAGAAUUUACACAGGAUAAGCAUGAAAACUGAAAAUGAAGAAUGAGUUAAGCCUUGGGUUUUCCCCAGACUUACAUGAUUGCUUAAGUACAUUUUACAGCUUGUGAACUCUCUCAGAGAAAUGUCUCUAAAAUUAAUAUUCUAAUAUGGAAAUCACUCACUUUGCAAUAUUUAUGCCAAGUUAGUGUAACUAUAUUUAUUUAUACCUUAGUUCUCAUGUGCUAUAUUAUGUGGCACAUUGUAUUGUUUGUAAUAUUUUUCUUUGAUGACAAGUACAUGUGUUCUUUCUUCAUAGGUUUAAGCUCAUGUUGUCAUUUAAGAUCCCAAAUAUAACAAUUGACCCACCUGCAGAGGUGGCAGAAGAAGCUUUCCGUCAAGCUGUGAUUUCCAUUCUCAGCAUUAGUGACUCCUUCACCUGGUGGGCAGGAGUAAAAAAGGGGAAGUCCUUCAAUGUGUUGAUGACUGAGGAUGAGCCCUUAAGACAUGUUGUAAACCAUAUUUUAAAUAUGGUUAAUGGUGAGUAUUGACAAUUUAUGGCAUUGAUACUUGGGUCUGCUGCACCAGAUAACUUCAGGCUAUAGGCUGUUAGUAAUAGGAGACACAGUCCACUACAUUACCCAAUAUCUAGGCAUACCUAAUCCUAAAAUACUUAAACAUUAUUCAUGGGAAAUACGUUACAAUCAUUAUAAACAGCAUUCUAACGCCUAUAUUUAAAUGUCAACAACUUUAAAAUGAAGGAUGCUUUUCAGACAGAGUCUCUGGUUGAUAAGUAUGCACUGUAUUUUUGUGUCUCAAAGUACAGGGCCUCUCAAGAAUGUAAUUUUAUGGCAACCACGUUCGGUCUGAAAAAAACAUAGCUAGCAUUGUACUACUAAUCAGAUGUUUUGUGAACAAUCUAGAAGUUAAACAGUGCGUUAAAGUGAGUAGGGCUGUGUAACAUAUUUCAGUAUUUCUCCACACACAAUAUAUCAUACCUGAACAUUUCAUUGUUCUGCACUAGGAAUCAUCUACUGAUAUACAAAAUAAUAAUAUUCCAAUCAUCACAUUUGGAUAUAUAAUAUACAUAGACAUACAUUCUGGGUUAUUCACUUACGGGAGAUUUCAAUGUGCAUUCAAUGAGUAAUAUAUAUCAUUGAAUAGCACAGUAAUAACUUUAAUGGUGUCACUAAUGUCAGUAUUAUACAUAUUUUAAUAUAAUAGGUAUUGAAAUUAUAAUGGAAUGUUACAUAUGCCGUAGUUUGAUAUGUUUUCAUGUUUUGCAGAUUUGAAGCCUGUUGUUAAGAAGCAAGUGUUCACUUUGAGCUCUUAUGACUUUUUGUGGUCAGAUGACAUGUACAGACAGAGUGAAGAGUUUUUAGCUGGUAAUCCUGGACUUACUACUAUUCAAAAGGAAGUACAGCGAUUUGUAGAUCUUGAACAUAAAAUCAAAGAGUGUCCUGAGGUGAGUUAUCUCAGUUUAUUGAUUUCUCUUGAAAUUUCUCUCCAGGUUACCAAAAGCUUGCGGUCAGAGGAUAUCCCAUUGGUUCACAGUUGUCUCAAUGACUAAGAUACUUAUUGACCAUUCCUUUGCUAAAGCAGGAAUAUUAUUUAGAGACCCUUCUCUCUGAUAUGUUACCAUAAUUCUUCAUGUCAAAAAACAAUAUAAAAUACACAAAUUAAUUUUCAUUACCAUAACUUGAAUGGAGAGUAUACAUUCUUUAUGUAACAUUCACAAUUAUAUAUGUUAGCGUAACCUUAAGUAAAGUAUUUGAAAAUGUGUGAUAUUGCUGAUGCACUUUACACGUCCAUGUAGCUGGAUCUCAAAUAAACCGUAGCCUUGACUUAAUAUUUUUGGAGAAGCUUUUCAAAUGACUUAAUAUUUUCUGGAUACACUUUUAAACUGAUUUUAAAAUUACGUAAACUAUUUUAAUUUUGUAAUAUUUUGAUCUACCACUCUUGAGAGUCCCUCUAGAAUGUAAGUUCAUUGAGCAGGGCCCUUCACCUCUCUGUUCCUGUACGUCUAGUUGUCUGGUUACAAUUACAUGUCUGUUAGUCCACCCAUUGUACAGCGCUACAGAAUCUGAUGGCGCUAUAUAAAUAAUAAAAUAAUAAUAAUAAUAUAUUAUAUAAAAAUUAUAUUUCAAGUUCAUACAAAAAUAUUAAUCUGGAAAGUUUAUCCGACAAUAUAAAAUUGAGGUCUAUUUUUGAGCCUUUGAGAGUUGUUAGAGUCUUCUUAUUAAGACACACGCUCUCUCAAAACAAUUUUUGUCUUAAUUUAAAUGGUAUGUGCAGAAAAUGUUGUUAUUGCGCAAAUCCUGUCAUGUUUUAUUGUUAUGAAUUUAGGUAACGAUGGCAUAACCCAGAAAUUAUAGGUGCACAUGAAAUCUCCUUCAUAUUCAUUUGGUGUGAUAACUCAAGCAGGGUCAAUUUAGCAUUUCGUCCCUCUGAGAUCAAUCAAAUACCAAUGAAUGGAGUAGUAGUAACAUACUCCUGGAUAUGCGUGAACAGUCAAGGAAUCUAAAUACAUUCAUCUUGGAUAUGUUUUGUUAGAUUUCAAAUUUUCGCAGUAAAUUUGUCAUUGCACUCUGUGUACUUAUUUUACUUGUGAUUUUCCUUACAGACGGUGCAGUUGGGUUGUAUCUGUUUAGAUUACUCACUUAUAAAGGAUACAUUAAGAGGGUUUGCAGGAAGUUGGAAAUCUCACUACGCAAACAUUUUACAUCAGCAAUUUAAGGUAUGUACUUGUCAUUAGCCUUUAGAAUAGUACUAUUGCUAAUAAUAAUCAUCAUCAAUGCAUAUAUAUUGAUUGUCAGAGGACAACUGAUUGCUCCCUCUUCCGCAUGCUAUCAUGGAGUUACACUGAAUGAUGUUGGUAAACUAUUCUGGAUUUACUGUCACUUUAAUGACAUUUGUAGAUAGGGAAACCUAGUUUACAAAAUAAAAAUCCACAAUAGGCAUUUUGCCAAUCCUACCAUUAUACUUGCAUGAUGUAUUAACUCGAGGACAAACUGCAUGCUUUUAUUUCAGUGUUAAUUCCCCUUUAGCUGAUUAAUAUAUUCCAAAAUACUGUAAAUAUAUUUUAUUUUAUUUUUUUUGUCUUUGCCUACAGCAAACUCUUCUCAGUGUAGUUCAAUAUCGAGAGAAUGUGUGGCAGCAACUUACCACUCCUGUCCAGAGCUUGGAGCAGUUACAUUCCUGUAUAACACUUCUAGAGGAGGUACAGGACAUGGAAAAUAAAAUUGAUGAUGUUUAUCGACCAAUAGAAAUUAUGUAUGAGCAACUUAGGUAAGUGUUUACUGGGGGUUACUUUUUGUUAAAUUGCAGCAUUUACAAUGCAUGGUGAUUUUUAUUGAAUAUACUUUUUCCAUUUUAUGACCUUGAAAUCUCAAAUAUUUAUUAACAGACCAAACCCUAAUGGGAUCAAUACUAAUCUGCAACAUCCCAAAUAUAGGUAAUUAGUAUCUAUAUUAGUUAUUAAUUAUCCCUCUCACUCUGACCUAUGAAUUAUAGUGCAUUUCAGUUUUAUUUUUUAGAUGUUACAAAAACAUUAUGAAUAAUUGUUUGGGAGAUAAAGGGUGCAGGUACAAAUAACUGAAAAUAGUUUUACGUUUUCCCAUGGAUUUGAAAUAAAUAAUACCUUGACAGAUUUUAUAGUUAUUUGUUUAUUAAUGAUUAUUUUAUGCUCUGUAGGUCCUAUCAGUUACGCAUCCCAAGAGAAGAGGUAACAGAGGUUGACAAUCUAAGAUAUAAAUGGACUGAGUUACUGAAUCUUACAUAUGUUGUAAGUGAAAACAUUCUAUAAAUAUUUUUGUCCAUUUUCUUUAACUGAAUCUGACUAUAUGCAGAGUAUUAACAAGUGACCUGUUUAAAUAUUGCCACUUUAACGCAUAUUUUAACUUGUAUUAUAUUAUCACAUUAAUACAUCAUAUUAUUUAUAUUACAUAUAUAUAUAUAUAUAUAUAUAUAUACAUACCUACCUUUCAGUAUUGGCCAAUUUCCACACCAUUUUGGUUUAUCCAAAUAGUUUUCAUGCUUAUUUUUGCAUGCCAUGCAUGUAGCCAGUAGGGUUCUGAAACGUUGGGGGAGGUUUUGACUCCUGCUCUGUACUGUUUGGCUUUUGCAAGAUGGUGAUCUCUAUGUGUUAAGUAUAUUAGCUUUGAUGCAUUGUACCUGGUCAUAUAUUUUCUGUUACUUUGUAUUUAUUUGUAUUGAUUUAUAACAAAGUGUUAUAUUUUAGAUUAUUAUUGGAGUGUGCAUCCUUAAUUAUUUUCUAUUUUGGAACAAUUCUCCAACACAGCUACAGUCACAGCUUGGUAAUUUUAGCCUCAUUUCAAAUUUAAUUUGAUACAUUUGAAAUGUUGAAAAAUGACCCUGACAGUGCCAAGUAUUCUCACACUCAGCUUAGGUGAACGUAGCUUAGGUACUUAUGUCUAUAUAAAAAUCAUAAUCAUGUCUUUAAUAUUAUAAUAAUAGUCCCAGCUAUAAUAAUAGCAAAUACUUCUCUUUUAUGUAUUAUUAUUCUGCUUUAAAGUUUAUUUCUACAGUACAUAGUUAGUAGAGUAUUCCAGAUUCUACACAUUUAAAAAUAACUUUUCUGAAUGACUACUAACAUAUUAGUACUUGUGGUUUUUACUCUAUGCAUCAUAUGAAUGUAUUUGUCUUGUACAGGUUAAAGAAACCUUGUUAAUGAAGAAGGAGGAUAUCUUUAAGCAAGAGCUUGACAAACAAGUAAAAGUAUGAGUCCAUUGUAUUACAUUAUUUUAGUUUCAAUACAACUCAGAAUUCCUAAAUGAUACAUCAACGUAUUCUAUUUACUUGGAAGUAGUUUGGUCUGUGAUUUAUACUUUGGAGACAUUACUAGUGAAUCAUUCUUAGAAUCAACCCAGCUACCUUGUUCCUUUAGCUUGUUGAGCUUAAGUAAUAAUUAUAAUGUACUAUUCGCUUGUACGAUAUAAUAAAUGUUCCAGCAACUAAUUAGCAAUCGUAUAUCAGUGCACCUUUAUCAUUCUGGCACAUGUAGCCCUGAAAUAAAGCAGCCUUUACAUAACAUCUAUUAUUUAUGAAUAAUGUGCUAACUAGAAUGUUUUUAUUGCAUUAACCCCUUAAGGACACAUGACGGAAAUAUUCCGUCAAGAUUCCCUUUUAUUCCAGAAGUUGUGUCUUUAAGGGGUUAAAAGAGCCCCUUUUCAAUGUUUUAAUUUCAAGUUGACUAUUUUAGCUGUAAAAUACCCUUAUUUAAAGGGACACUAUAGUCACAAGAACAACUACAGCUUAUUGUAUUUGUUCUGGUGAGUAGAAUCAUUCCCUUCAGGCUUUUUGCAGUAAACACUGUCUUUUUAUAGAAAAUGCAUUGUUUACUUUACAGCCUAGUGAUAACUCUACUGGCCACUCCUCAGAUGGCUGCUAGAGGUGCUUCAUGGGCAGAGGUGCACACUGUGCAGUACUGCCAUUCAGUGUCUCCACCCUCUGCAUGCAGACGCUGAACUUUUCUCACAGAGAUGCAUUGGUUCAAUUCAUCUCUAUGAGGAGAUGCUGAUUGGCCAGGGCUGUGUUUGACUUGUGCUGGCUCUGUCCCUGAUCUGCCUCAUUGACAGUCUCAGACAAUCCUAUCUGGAAGCAUUGUGAUUGACUCAGACCAUCACUUCUGAUGAUGUCAGCUGUAAGAUAAGGGACAGAGGCAGCAGAUGCAGACUUGAACACAAGUAGGAUUUUACUAUAUUUAGGGAGGCAUGGGGGGGGGGGAGGUAGGUGGUGGUUUUAACACUAUAGGGUCAGAAAUACAUAUUUGUGUUCCUGACCCUAGAGUGUUCCUUUAAACUGGUCUCAAUAAUAUCAGAAUAUUCACUAUAAGUGAACUUCUCUUUUAAUAAAUUCCUCUUGUAUUUUGUUUUUAAACACAGGAAACUAAUAACUAUACCAAAAGACACACACUUUCGAGUGAGUCAUGGUAUUUUUGUAUUACAGAAAUUAUGAGUUCUUCAAUGUGUUGUCUCAAUAUAUGCAAUUUAAAAUAUAUUCUAUUUUAAAUUACAAUAUUUAUGUAUGUAAAUUCAUUUUAACCAUUUCUCCCAGAGUUUUGUAGUAGAGGUGAUCCAGUUUCGAAACAGUUUUGAUACACAAGGCCCUGCCGCUCCUGGUGUGAAACCUGAGGAAGCUGUCACUCGGCUGCAUGACUUCAAGCAAAAGUAAGGAUAGAUAGAUAGAUAGAUGAACAUAGAAGCAAUUAGUAAACUAUUUCAAAAUGUUUUUAAAAAGGACCUGUAAGAUUAAUAUCAGCGGAAGGUUUAUCUCCAUCGGCUCACAGCUUUUAGAGAUUCUUAAGUUGGGUUGGGGUUCUCUCGAGUGAGUAAAAGGUUUGAAAGGAACUAAUAAUGACUUCUGUUUUUUUUUUUAAAUUCGAUAAGCAAGUGGGAGUUUUGUACAAUACUAAACAAUACUAAAGAACUUAUUCUGCAUGUGCUUAUUUUAUACUGCUCUGCUACUUAAAUUAACUGAAUAUUUAAAAGAACAAAUACUUGUUUUCUGUGUUUUAACAUACUCAAUUCUGCUUUUUUGUAGAUACCAAGUUUUUGAUGCAAAGAGAAAGACCCUGAAUUCAGUGCAACGACUUUUCAAUAUUGUUCCAAAGGCAUUUCCAGAACUAGACAGAACAGGAAAGGUAAAAUAAUGAAUACAUUUAAAAAAAUUAAAAAAAAUUUUUGUGAAUGAUAGUCACUUAUAUUUCAUUUAUGCACUGCACAAGUCAAACUGACUGAAAUUGAAUUACAGUUUAAUUCAACAUUGAAGAUUAUAUUUAUCAUUCUGUAUCAUUAUGUAAUUAGAAACAAUAGCUAUGAGAGUAAGUGAGAUACUGGGCACAUUCCACAAUGGUUUAGAUGUAACUUCUUCUCACUCAUCAGGCCCAGAAGAGAAUAUACUGCUGGUGAUAAAUAUUACCAUUUGGAUUUAAUUCAUCUUUGAAUUUAAUGAAUAAAUCCCUUGCAUAUUUUUUCUUUUAGGAUUUGCAACUUUUAGGAACACUUUAUAUCCUGUUCCAGAAGUUCAUUGACUUUGACCUCAUAUUCCGGAAUACUCUGUGGGCUGAAGUAGAUCUAUCAAAAAGUAACAAAGAGGUUUGUUCACCAUUUCUGGAUAUGGUAAUUCAUUUUAUAGUUAAAAGUUAAAUGAAUUGAAAAUUGAAUCAAUUUGGAAACCUAGUAAACGUUAUAGGCAAUAAGCUCAAUAAUAAGCAAAGAAAAAUAAUUACUUGCGCACUAUCCCAAAUCACUAUGCACAUUUAAAUAACUGGAGGUUUUUAGUGUCACUCCAAUGGCAAUUAAAGUGUAAGCUCAAGGCAAAACCUCUCAGGCGAGUCCUAAACUAACAAUUCACCUUGCUAUUUUCAGCUGGAAAGCAAAAUCUAUUAUGAGACAGAGAUGGGUAUUUUUCUAACCCCUACAGAGUUAUUAACCCUUAAUAGGGAACACAUGGGGUGGGCGGGAGCACUUACACAUGGCUGUGUAAUACAAAAGCAAAUACAAACAUUCAAAAUCAAGCCCUGUGCUUAAACUCCCACUACUCCUGGGCAGCAGCAAUCACUAUAGUACACUUCAGCCCCAAUACAUAAAAUAAAAACCAAAGAAACUCCAAUGUAUAACUCCAAUGGCCAUUGUAGUCAGUCUGGCAGUCACAGCAGUUGCUCUGCAAGGAGAUGCUGAUUGGCACAGCAUCACGUUUUGCUGAGCAAGCACAAUAGCCUCCCAAAGCCUCCCAAUGCUUUCCUAUGGAUUGGCUGAGAUCAUCAUGAUUUACAAUCUCAGCAUAGCAUGAGAGAAGAGGUGGGUGAAAUCAUCUUCCCCAUGCAAUCGAAAGGGGGGGGGGGGCACGAGACCUAAAUAGUUAGUUAAUCACUGUAGUGUCAGAAAUACAUGUUUGUAUUCCUGACACUAUAGUCUUUCCUUCAGUAAUAUUUUAUGAAGAAAGCUGAUCCGUGACCAUCUAUGUACGAAUGUUCUUUAUUUUGUCUUUGUGAAGAUUGAACAGUACUGGUCUGAAUGCCUAAUCUGGAAUGACAAGCUGAAGGACUGGGAUGCGUACAAUGAGAUGGCACGAGAGGUCAAGUUUUAUGUUGACAUCUUUCCAUUGCUACACGAGCUGAAAUCUAAGGUAUAUUAUGAGCCAAGCCAUCAUCACAAUUGUUCAUUCUAUAAAUUUGGUUGCAUUUUUGACAACAUUUAUCAGGCUGUGAUACACAUUAUUUAUAUGUUAAACUAUGUUAAUAUAAUGCUCCUCUUACAAUCAAUAUAUUUAAUAUAUUUUACAUACAGCCUGCAAACAGUAGCAGGAACCUUGACACAUUAAAAUUAUUUAUGUAUCAUUAUGUUCAAUGUUAGAAAAAUGUAUCCUACCAUCAUGUGAAUUUAAGUAUGAGUCUGGAAACCUACGGAAAUAUUUAAAGAAUUAUUCGAACCCUUUUAAAGUAUUUUGGAGGUAGUUUAAAAUGCCCUAUUGUGCAUUAUUAAUUACGUCCCCGAGUUUUGUAAGUCACAGCCAGAUAAGUGAGGCUAGGGCUGCACAAACAAAGCGAUUCAACUCAUAAACAGCAGAGAAUUGAGCAGUGGCACUGAACAGGUAGAAUCUAUAAAGCAAAAAUGGUUUGGUGUUGAUAGUGUCCAUUUAAGGCAAUGUUGCAUAUCAAGUAAGAUCUAACGUGCAUUCUAAUUUUUAUAGUUUAAUUAUUGCUUUUUUUCUUGGUUCUAUGAAAUAUAAACAUAUGCUUUCAAAUGUAAUUAUUUUUUGUUUAAGGAAAUUCGGAACCGCCACUGGCUUCAAGUUAUGUCUGUCACAGGAAGCUCUUUCCCAUUAGAAGCCAAUGUCUUGAAAGUCUCUCACAUCCUGGACAUUGAAUUAUUAAAGUAUGUUGGGGUUACAUGAACUUCAGUGUGGAAAUAGGUUUACAAAUGAGUUAUGCUCAAGUUAAUCACAGCAAAGAUAUUUCACAAAAUUGUUAAUAACUAUGAUCUAAUUUAUAACUAUACAUCAAUAUUCUCCUGAUAUCGCUAGAUUUAACUGAAUACAAUUUAAUAUCUCAUUUUGAUAACUUGUCAGGAUAUUAGGAGUGCUAUGUGCAUGCCUUGUCUUAAUUAUAAGCCAUUAAAAUAUAUAGAUGGUUUUCUAAAUAUAGAAAGCCUUAUGAGAAGAAAAUAUUUAAGGGUGUUUCCCAUAGAUGGGAUCAUACCAGUGUAACUGAUAUUAAACACCCGUUUUACUUCACCACAGGUUCCAAGUUGAGUUAAUGUCAAUAGCUAAAGUUGCCAAAAAAGAAAUGGAUUUUGAGAUCCAAAUGAGAAAAGUUGAAGAAGAAUGGAGUGAGCAGGUAAUACUAAAUAACCUAUUUUCAAUUAGAGCUAUUUAAGGCAUAACUUUGCAUGUACUCAUGUUAAAUAUUUGCCAAUCCAAAUACUAUUACUAGUGUGUACUAUUUCUCUCAAUGGGUGGACAGUGUUAGACUGGAAACAUCUGGCAUUUAGCUUAUCACAGGCUAAACCUUCUUCAUAACUGCAGAGGCACAGAGGAAGGAAGCCAGUUGGCAGCAGUGUUGCGCAUUAGAGCCCCAACCUCAGAGUUAUACUGAAAUCAUUCCUGUGCGGUUUUAAAGAUGCUGGAUGCCUAAAUGUAAAGCGUAAGGACACCCAGCGUAAUUUCACAGAGUUAAACUCUGUGUACAGGCAGCAAGCGCCUCUAGUGGUUGUAUAUAGAAAAAAAAAACAAAGGGAUACAGCUGGACAACCUGAAAAAAACAAUUGAAAAUACAUAGUGUAAUACAGUUAAAAUGAUCAGACAGACACGUUAUUUGUUACACUCACAAGAUGUAGACUGUGAGAUUGCCUUAUAGGUGCGUCCCCCGAUAGCAGUGGGGGGCUAAAAGAAGCUUCUUAUUCUCUCAUUGGUUGUGGGAAUCAGAAGCCAAAAGGAACAGGAGCAGGAAUCAGGGGAAAAAAGCUUUCUUUAUUUGGCAAUAGAAAUCUGUAAGGAAAAAUUAUAGGCCCGGUCCUACGCGUUUCGUUCUGUUCAAAGAACUUCCUCAGGGACAUUUCAUAGUAAAACAAACUAGUAACAUGCAUUCAAAAAUGCCACCUGAUUCCCACCCUCCAGAGUUCAGUAUAAAUAGGCGCCCCUUGUCCUGAUGAUUGAUCGCGUGUAGGUGUUUCCUUGGAUCCGAAUCAGCUGUUUUCAAUCUUCUUACAUUGAUCCUGUAGCGUCUGUGUGCCGUAUGCAUUUUAUUCGGCACUUCCGUGUGUUCCAGUGUUGUUUCCUCCCCUUUGUCCUCUGUCCGCUCUUUGGGGUUGAUUCUGUCCACAGACCCUAUACCAGGUAAUUUGAAGUUCCACACUCCCCCAUCAAAAGGAUCCCAUCUCUAAAAAAAACACUACAAAGAAAAUAUCAUUAGAAACAAUAGUCUCUAAAAGUCAUAUAUUGUCACGGGUGGCGGUGCGAGGACUGGGACCCAGUAUGCCUGAUGUUCAGAGUAGGAGUCACAGUGUGGAGGUGGAUUAGCAGGGUCUGGUGAAGGGUAACCACACGUCCUCUGGCGUUGAGCACCAGCGUUUGCGCGGCCACAUACCAGAACCCUGAUUCAGCUACAGCGGAUCCCAGGAAUUAGGAGCUUGAUAUGCAGACCUCCCAGGAACUGGAUAGGGGGGGCUCUGCAGCAGACAUGUAUCCAGUACAGAAACAAGGCAAGGCUAGGAUAGUCACCAAACAUGAAAACAAGACAGAACUAAUAGAACCCAGAACCAGAGCAGGACAGAAAGCAGAACCAAGAACAUGUACACAAGACAUGAGGAAAACAAGAACAGGGCAGGACAGGACUGUACAUGAACUGGGAUUACAAAAUAAAACAAGACAAGAUAUAAUAUGCAAAACAAGAGUAGACAUAACUGAGCAGUAUAUAUGAAAAGUAUGGGGAUUUAGUUACAUUAUAUGAUCAUACAUUGCAUAAGCCUGCCACAACGCCAAUGUACCCCAUAUUCGGCAGGUCCUACACUGCCUAAUGUUCGCUAAAAGAACCAUACUAAACCACAAUAGCACUUACCUGCAAGAAAGGGCAGAGACUUGAAACACUGCUGCAGGUCCAGACUGAAACAAAAGGAAAUUGGAAAACAAACGGGUGUGGCAACAUAAAACAAAUAUAUAAAUGAAUCCAGGAGACUGGGAAUUCCAGGGACGGAAUAUGGAAUGAACCCAGAAAAUCCAGCAUAAGGAAAACCAGACAUGGAAUAGAAAACCAAAAAAACAAGAAAAACUAAACAAGAAUUGUAAAAAGAGUGCUGGAUACCAGAAGCCAUCACCAGACUGAUCCGCAGAACAAGGCAUGAUGUGACAUAUAUAUAGUUGUAAUUCAUGACUAAUAAUAUUCAAAUCAACUAGUUUAAUCAGAUAUCUUAAACAUUUAAAAUCACAUUGUUAAAAAUAUAAAGUGCAAGUGAAUAAAAAGUGCAAAAGAAUAAAAAGUGCAAUCCUAUUACUUAAAGUGCAUCUUACACACUUAAAAUCAUUAAAAUCAAGAUAAUUCCAUAUCUCUUAUUUUGUUUGGAUGGAAAAAUAACGUAACAAAUGAUGAUGAUAAAUUGGGAAAGGACUAUUUAGUCCUAACCCUGCAAUGUAAAAAUUGUAGUUUCAUUGAAAUUCUUUUACAUUGUUUUACAUUGCAGGGUUACGAGGCUGGGACACUGAACCCAGACAACUUCAAUGUUUAGUUUUCAUUAACAGUCAUCGAGUAUAGACUCAUAUCAAACUCAAGGUCAAAUCAACAUGUGCACAAUGCAGUUUAUUUACAGUGAAGGUGAACAUAGUAAAGAAAUCAUUGUGGAUGUUGGGAUGUUCAAGCACACACCCCAAUUAAGCAAUCCAUAUUGAGAAUCAUUAAACAUUACAGAUUGUAACCGUAAAAAGAAAAAAAGCUAGGACUAUAUAGGGCAAAUUUGGGGAUAUAGGAAGUAAAAUAUUAUAAAAUAAAAUAGUGACCAACCCAAAGACCUCUCAAGAUUGCCCCACCCCUCCUCCCAUUCAAGCCAUUUGAUGAAUAUUGAAUAAGACUUUUUUUGUGGUCAUCUAAAGAUUGUAUGUAGGUUUCCCAUUAUUGAAAUAAUGUAGAAAGAAUACAUUGGGGCAUUUCUAUCAAAUCUAAUUUAAACAUAUAAGCUAUCACCUGGGUUGGCUUAUCAAUUAAAAUCCAGGCAUUAAAAUAAAUUUUCCUGGCUGCUGCUAAUUAAACAAUCUACCCAGGGUGAUAAUUUAAUAUGGCCCUUUUCCCUUUAUCACUGUCUUAUCAUUACUGCUGUUUUUUUUUUUACUGUUCUAUUCAUUCCUUUCCUUAGGUUCUCAGCUUUACGCCAUACAAAAAUAGGGGCUUAGUACUCCUGGUGAAAGAGGAUGCUCUGAAAUUGCUCGAAGAGUUAGAAAAUGCUCAAAUCCUAUUGGCACAGAUGUUGACAUCCAAAGAAAUUGACCCUCUGAGAGAAGAAGCAACAACCUGGGCAGAAAAACUGAAGCGUGUCAGUGAAGUUUUGGAGUUGUGGGUAGAAGUGCAGGACCUGUGGCAAAACCUAGAGCAAGCCUUCAGUAACGUCAUCAUUAUCAAGGUUAUUUAUUAUGUAAUUCUGAAUGUUGUAGCUAAAGUACCAGUGAAUGCACACAGUUUUAGGAAACAAAUUACAAGGUAUACACUCCAUGUAUACUAAUUAGAAAAUACAUGUAUAUACACCCUAUAUAACAGGGAUCAUUAAUGAAAUAUGUAAUGUGUUACAAUCUAGGUUUCACUAUUUAUCAAGAUGUUGAUUAGAAUUUAACAAUACUGAAGCAAUCAUGAUCAAGUUAUUUAACAGAAAUUUGACUUUUUUUUCAAGAUGAGCCCUAUGUAAGCAAUGAUGGGGCACAUUUUUCUUUAAAGUGCAAUUUCUCUUAUUAUUUCUUAUGCUACGCCAUUAUUCUUUCAUUUUUAUAAUGGCUCAUAGUACUAAAAGUUAAUAUAUAUAUAUAUAUAUAUAUAUAUAUAUAUAUUAUUUUCUUUUUAAUAUAUAUAUAUAUAUAUAUAUAGUACUAUUGAUUUUGAAGCUGGAAAUUAAACAUUUUAAAUCCAAACUUUGAUUUUUUUUCUGUAUUCAAUAUUAUGUUCAAUAAAGUGGUUAUGAUUGAUGUUCUAAAUCUUUUAUUAGGAACUGCCUCAAGAGGCUAGAAGGUUUGCAAAAGUUAACAGAAGUUGGACAAUGAUGAUGCGUGCAACCUACAAGACAAAAAAUGUUUUACAGGUAAUAUAUAUACGUAUUGUGUUCUUGUCAGUUACUCUGGGAAAUGAGUGACAUGUCAAGACUAACGCAGAACUGUCCUUUCUAGUUAUUGUAUGGAAACAGCUUUUUUUUUUCUAGAGCAACAGUUUUUAUCAAAAGGUAAUCUAUGAUGUUUGAAAACUGGUGGCAAAUUACUAUUAUACCCUGCUUUGAAUAAUAUAAUUUAAUCAGCAGUAGGAAAGAUAAUAAUGAUAAUAGUAGUACGUUUUAUUGAUAUUAUUUUAUUAUAUAUAGAUUAGUAAAACAAAAUAAAUUUACGUACCUAACAGCUAAUUUACCGAACAGCUAAUUAACAUUGUAAAAAUGUAUCUAUCUUAAAGUGAAAAUGGGGUAAAGAUGAAUCCCUAUUUUUCAAUGAAUAUUAAAGUUAAGAAACAAAAUAAAGAAUAAUAAUAAGAUAAAUAAAAUAAAAAAAUUUCUCUUGAUGGACUGUUUAGUGGUUCAUCAGGAUGGGACGCUUCUCCCAUAAACUCAUGCACAGCCCUUAUAAUGAGUGGAACUGCCAUACGUCACUGCUAUCGGUUUACCAACAGCCUAGUUCACAGUUUAGUAAUUUAACCCCUUAAGGACACAUCUUCUGGAAUAAAAGGGAAUCGUGACGGAAUAUUUCCGUCAUGUGUCCUUAAGUUGUUAGUUGAACUGCAGUUGGCGCUAAAGUGAUCUGUGGUUCGGUUCUGUCAUAAGAGGAGGAUGAGUCAAGUCAGUAUUGUAUGUGCACGGCACACUGACACCAAACAGUAAACCUCAACAAAAUUAGCAGAGUCAGCCUGCAACUCUGAAAAACUUCUCUGAAGGGCAGGCUUAGUGGUGCACUGAUUUUCUUUUUAUAAAUCGCUGCAAUUGUAACCCACUCUCAAAGCUGAGAAUUUCCUCAGUGCGUUCUAUGCACCAUCACCUUUACAUGUUUGUGUGUUGGCACUAGGAGUGACCUGUUAAAUAAAAUAGAAUGCCAACUUUUUAUUACUUUGAAAUUUAGGAUUGCUGAAUCUUGUAAUCUUGUAACUCUGCUCCCUAAUUUUGAGGAUUACGCUGGGCCUACUGUUGAAAUUUUAAAACGUGGUAGUCAUAAAUCAGGUAGUGCUAUUACAAAACAUGGCUUAUCUGGCAUCUUUUCUGAGGCAUUCACUGUAGAACCCAGUGCAUUGCUCAAAUCGUGUUUUCUACAUAUUCUAGUUACACACACAACUAGUUUAUUUCUUAAUUUUAACCAUUUUAAUUAAAUGAUUAAGAGAUCGGAAGAUUUAUAAGACAUUCGGUAGCAGAUCAGAAAUAAUUAUCUGGUAACAGAUAUAAAAUGCAUUUCCCUAUAAAGAAAUCAUUUUCUUAUUUACGACCAUAUAAAAAAGUAUCAAUUAAAUAAAAUAAAAUAAAACAAAAGUAAAACUAUUUUCAAGAAAGAAACAUUGGUCAAGAUAUUCCAAAAAGUUAAUAUAAGCAUUGUGGUCUCCAAUAACACAUUAUUACAGAUUUCAUCACAAGAUAACCUAUGGGGACUAUAGUAUAAUGUUUAAGGCUGGCUAUUGUUUUAAUGAAAUAAUAUAUUAGAUACUAGCACAUUACUAUAAGACAAUACAAUAAAUGCUGUUCUUAAUGUACUUUGCUCUGUCUGUUGCAGUGCUGCUGUAUGGGAGAUGUUGCCAAGGAGGUCCUUCUGAGACAUUUCUACCAGGAGAUGGAAAUCUGUUUUAGUUCGCUAAGUUCUUACCUUGGCAGAACACGGCAAGCUUUCUCACGUUUCUAUUUCCUGUCCGAUUUGGAUCUUCUGUCUGUGCUCAGCCGCCCUCAUGAUAUUAAAUAUCUCCAGAAUCAUUUCAGGUACCCAAAAUGCUUGAUGACAUUACAGAUGUGUCCACAUAUUGCACUGAAUGUCAGGUUUAUCCAUUUGCCAAGCAACUAUCUGAUUUCACAUGCAAAUGGUUAGACAUGUUUUAAUCUUUUCUCAAUUAUUUGUCAUGUAAAAAAAUUUAUUAUACGGUUCAGCAAAGUAUUACUGACUAAGGGUGUCAAAGUUAGCCUCUUUCAUAUAGCAAACCAGAAACCAUUUUGAAGAGUGAUCUAUUGCUUAUAGAGAUGUGCCAAUGACCACCAACCCGAUCUUAUUAUUUUAGUUUCUGUUUCGCUUCAGAUGUAAAGUCUACAAAAUGUAUUGUGUGCACUUACUUGUUGUGCAUAUUACUUGCAUGUGGGGGAAAAGGUCAGGUACGAGUCAUACAAAUAAUUUUUUUUUUCUUUUUUACUGCAGGUCACUUUUUGGUGGUGUUUUAUCGAUUGAUGUUGAGGUUCUAGAAGAAGAGCAAUGCACAAGCACUGAAGAUGAAUUUGUUGAAUUGUCUCUUCCAAACCUUGAUUUCUUAAGCGUCCGAUCUGGUAAUGAAGGCUGGCUUUCUGUUGGACAGAGAAGCACAACAUAUGUCACUGACACAGAAAGUUUAUUCCAAAGAUCUCUGAAAUCUGUAAGUAACGUUUUUGUUCUAGAAUUUUUAGGAAGCCACCUACAGCCACAUUUUGUUUUGUCUUGUGUUUCUCUUUGCAAUACAUUGUAAACACAUGGUAAAUAAAUUAGAAAGAAAAUAGUGAAACAUGUUUACACAGACAGACAUACACACAACAAAAUUUUACCAUGAAUAAUCAUAGGACCAUUCUAAGGUUAAAAGAAUAUAUAUAUUUAAUUGAACUUUAGUAUGUUACUUAAUACUCUUAGAUUUAGGGACCCCUUUUAUAAUUUAAACAAAAAAAAUUAAAGGAAAACCAUAAACUUUUUAAAAUUUUAUUUCAGUACUGGAACAGUCAUCUCUCUGCAACUGCUCCACCUUCCAUGAAAUUGUGUGUGUGUGUGUGUGUAUGUUUUUUUCACUGUAAAGGGGACCCUCCUUUUUUCUGUUUGGCAUUGUGCUCCUGCAGUCUACUAAGUGGGAGAAAAUGGAGCCCUCCAGGUGACUGUCAAGACGGGGCCCUGACCAGAGGGGCUGCACUGUACUUCUUUUCAUUGUUUAAGUAGUAUGCUUAGGCAGGACUGGUGUGAAUAUUUCACAAUACAGCAUGUUCCUCUUUACAGCUUAAAUUUUAAUUGACAUUCUGGCUCGCAAUCGUGGCAAGGGACAGAACUUCUGGAAUAAAAGGGAAUCAUGACAGAAUAUUUCCGCCAUGUGCCCUUAAGGGGUUAAUGUUGGGUUUGGGUAGGGGUCAUUCAGUUUUGCUUUGGGUUCAAGUCCCAGGUGUUUCUGGAAGUUAGCCAUGGAUGUAAAUCAAGGUGUUGCUGCAAAGAUUUUAAACCUGGCAAGCUGCAAUGGGUUCUUUUUCAUGAAAGCAAGAGUUUAAAAAUAUAAAUGUAACUAUAAAGUACACUAAAAUAAUCACAAUGUGCUUUAUAUUCAAUAUACAUCCACAUAAUGUGAUUGAAACAUGGCAUGUAAUAUAAUUUAAAAUCACAAUGCUGUUGAUGUUUUUUUUUUUUCAGGCAGGUGUAUCACAUGAAAGGAAGCAUUCUAUUACAUACAUAGAGCCAGUAAAGAGGAUGAAUGCUGUAGCGGUCAGAGCCCAUGCAAGUGAAAUGUUACAAUUAGAAGAACAGGUAAAUUCUAUUGUCAUGCAUACAGUGGAUGGAGUAAGACAUUGGAAAAGUUGAUGAUUGUUAGGAUCAAGGGAUGAUAUAUUAUUCAUAUGUUUCAAAACUACACCUGGAUACUUUCAGGGGUAUUUACCUGGAAGCAUGUAUUACAUUCUUGCUAUUCAAAUCUUUAGUUUCUAUUCAAAUCUAUACUCAGGGCUAACCAACAGGACAGACUUUCCUAACAGACCUGCUUUAACAUUAGUCAGUGUAUCUAACACCUAUGCAUUGUUCAAGUAACAAAACUAUCACUCUCAGACACCCUCUUCUGGCAGGGAACUAUGCUUGACAAUAAGCUUCAUCAAAGGAACACUAUAGUGUUCAGAAUACAAACAUGUAUACUGGAUGCUAUAGUGUACUACAAAGUAUUUAGAUAUCUGCCUUUCUGACAUUUCUUGCUACAUAUACUUGGAUGAUGGUUAAAUUACCAAAUAUUGUAUUUUGCACAUUAUACAACUGGUUCUCAAUACUACAGGCAUGUAUACAGGAUGUUGUCAGUAUUACCAGCCAAUGGUACAGUAAUAUUGUGAUUACUAUUUUUUAAUGGUUAAAACAAACUGUAUUUUAUGUACCCUAGGUUGCCAUUGCUUCUGGUGUAGGAGUUUGGCUCAGCCAGCUUCAGGAAACUAUAUGUAGAUCAUUAAACACCAAAAUCUAUCAAGUUAUUGAAGACAUUAUUCAUGGAAUGGCUAUGGAUGAAUGGAUACAGAAGGUACCCAAAAUAAAUAAUGAAUGCUUUUCUAGCACUGUUUAACUUGUUACCAUUGUUAGGGUGUGCUAUGCCACCAUGCAGAAGGAUGGUUUUAAAAACUGAAAUGUGCAAGCUUUGAUCAUGUAACUUUCCGAAACACCAUAAAACCUGUACAUAGAGGGCACUGUUGUACUAAUGGGACAGCACAGCAUACAAAUAUGUGUUUUAUUGCAGUAAAAGCAGACACUAUUAUGACAUUCACAUUAAAAUGCCAUGCAGAAGUUGGAAAAUAUAAAAGUUUUGUAAUGUCUCACACUUUUUUAGAUUUUAUUCGUAAUAAAUUGUGUUCCAUAUACCAAUAUUUGAUGUGAAAUAAUAAUAUUUCUCCUGAAUAAAAUGGUAUAUAAUACAUGUGGGUGCACUUAAUAUGAAAGAGUUGAAUUAUGGAUGAACAGACACAUAGCUCAAAUUUAGAUUUUGUUUUGAUCAGAACUUGUAUAAUUGCCUUUGUCCUUAAGGGGUUAAAUGAAUAAUAGACACAUUAUUAGAGGUGGUAAUCACAUGCCAUCUUCGUCUACAAUCUGUAGUACGUGUGCUUCCAUUUUUCUGCAUUACAAGGAUUUGCUGUAUCACAUUUUGCUGAUGGAGUAAAUGCAAUUCCCUAAUUGAAAUUUACAUAAUUAGUAGGAUUAUUUCAUGUACAUGAAUGAUGGGCAUCAAAUUCCAAUCUUAUGCCAUAUCAUCCACUUCUUUAAUGUAAUCUAAUGACUUGGGCAUCCAUACAAAUUCUCCUUAAAUUAUAUUUUAUAAUUUCAACUAUAUGUAAUAUUUAAUGAAAAAAAAUGACAUUCUCAAAUUUAUAUAAAACUAUAGAUUUUUUUGCUGGAGUACAAUAAAAGUAAUAACUAAGCUAUUAAUUGUCUUCAGUUACAUAGAGAUCUUUUACACCAGUUUAACCCUAUGGUACUUGAAGCGAUAUAUAUGCGUUGUUUAUGUGCUUAUAAUUUGUUUUUAAUUCCUUCAUACCUGUUUUCUAGAACCCAUCUCAGGUGGUGAUGCUUGGUUUAUAUUACCUGUGGACAAAAGACUGUGAAAGUUGUAUUGCUGAGAUGAAACAGGAUCGCAAGGCUCAGUCCCGUGUUCUCAAAAAAUAUUCGGGACUAAUAAGCAAAUUGUCCUCAGUCAUUUCCAAGGGAUACUGGAAAAACACAGAAGAACCCAUCCCACAAUGCCAGAAAAUAAAGCUGGAAAAUAUGAUAAUGGUAUAAAUGUCAUUAAAAAUUACUUUAUCACCAGUUAUAGCAAUUAACUGUACGUGAGUGCUACUCCUUCCAAUGCCUUUGUAUAUGACGAAUCAGCUCUUGUCACUUCUACUAUGCCCAAUUCUUGCUUGCCACUCUGCACAUACUUCCUCAGGUAUUCUGGUGCGGUCAAAAUGAUAAUGAACAUAUACUUUUCAGGCUUUCUUUGCUAAGGUUCAUCAUCUUUUCAUGUUUCUCUGUCCUAAAGCAUGUUUCUAAUUUUUCUGUGUAUUUUCUGAUCCUGUGUUGUCUCAAUUUGUCUGCGUUCUCUAUUCCUGUAGAUCUGAGCCUGUUUUUUUUUUGAACAUUUAUUAGUUUGUCUUGUGUACUUACUUACCUCAACUUGUUUUCUGGUCAGGAUAAACCUUUUAGGGGUUUAUAAUCUUUUUAUCUAAGUUUUUUUUUUUUUAACUAAACUCAGUGUAAUGAAAGGCCAGUAAUAUGCCUCCCUAUUUCUUCUCUCCUAACUCACUGCAUUAGAAUUGCACCUUGUAAGGACAGUUAUUGACAGUCACUUACAUUGAUUUAUUGUAUGUUUCCCAAUGAUGACUAAUAAUACAAGGGACAUAUUUACAUCCUAGGUGCAUGCAGGCAAUCAAGCACUAGAGCUUACUGCACACAUAUACAUAGCUCCCAACUGAAAACGGGGUGUAGGUAGAGAGCAAACAGUGCCUACAUUAAAGAUUCCCCUUUUGUUAGAUUCAGUCAUUAAACUCACAAUGAAAAAUCAAUGGUCCUCAAAAGCUCACAAUAAAUGUAAUAAAAGGAAGACAAAUAAAAUUAACAUAAUACUCAUCUAUAUCCUCUGCACAUUGAAAAACAGAUGAAUGUUUGUUAUAACGUUAUAUUAAGACAACAUUGCAACAACUGAUAUGUAAUACUGAUGCAAUCCAGGUGUCAUCAUGCAGGACUAACCAAUUCUGGCCUGUGGGCAAAAAGAAAAUCAGUACAGCCUAGUCACACAGAGGCGGGCAUCCUUAGGUACUCCAGAUGUUGUGGACUACAUCUCCCAUAAUGCUCUUACAGCCAUAUUGUUUGCAAAGCAUCAGGAGACAUGUAGUCCAAAGCAUCUGGAGUGCCAAAGGUUGCCUAAAUCUGACAGUGUGUAGUAAACUGAACUGAUCUGAAGGCACACAGGACUAGAGGAUGAAUGGAUGAUGGUGUAAGAAACAUUACAUACAAGAAGAGUUAAUUUUCAUAUUGGCUUACUAACUUAUUCUGAGGUCUCUCAAGCUCUGUAUAUUUAUAAUGCACAAAGACUUAGUGAAGUAACUGCACGGCCGUCUUUCCACAUGGGCACGCUGGGCAGUUGCCCGGGGGCCCCACAAGCAUGGGGGCCCCACAAGCAUGGGGGCCCCACAGCAUUGCCCAUGUACCGGGCCAACAGGGGAGAUCCUUUAAUCUACCCUGCCUGCCCACGGAGAGCCGGCCCUGCUCGCUUGGUUCGGGCCAUCUCGGGACGGUGGGGAGGUCAAAGAUCUCCCUCACCGGCCCAAAGGUCCUUCAUUAGAGAGAAGGAGGGCAGGAGGGAGAGAAAACCUGGGAGGCAGUUCCUCCCGCGAGCAUGCUGGUCUGAGUGUUGCCGCGCGUUGCCGUGGCAAUGCUCCAACACAGCAUUCUCCUCUUGCGGGAUGAGGGAAGACAGCCUACAGCCACUACUACUUACUACUUACUACUCACCACCGGACCACCAGGGUUGGCAGUGUCCCCCCUCCCACCAAAGGUAAGAAGAAGGGUGGGGACAUGAAGUUUUUUUUAAACUAAUUUUAAAUAAAAAUAACCAACAAACAACCUCUUUUUCCUAUGUACCCCCCCCCCCACACACACACAGAGCACCCCUCACACUCACACACAGCACCCCUCUCAAACACAGCACCCUUCUCACACACACACAGCACCCCUCAUACACACACACACAGCACCCCACACCCACUGCAGUCCUCAUACACACACACAGCACCCCACACCCACUGCAGUCCUCACACACACACACACUGCACCCCUCACACACUGGAACCCUUACACACACACACUGCACCCCUUCAGCAGUCUGUGUGUAUUCAGCAGUUUGUGUGUGUGUUUUCAGCAGUCUGUGUGUGUAUGUUCAGCAGUCUGUGUUUGUAUGUAUUCAGCAGUCCGUGUGUGUAUGUAUUCAGCAGUCUGAGUGUGUAUGUAUUCAGCAGUCUGAGUGUAUGUAUUCAGCAGUCUGAGUGCAUUUAUUCAGCAGUCUGCAUGUAUUCUGCAGUCUGUGUGUGUGUAUUACACAGUCGGUUCAUGCAUUUAGCAGGCUGUGUGUAUGUAUUCAGCGACCUGUGAUUGUAUAUAGCAGCCUGUGUGUAUAUACAGAAGCCUGUGUGUAUUCUGCAUUCUGUGUGUGUGUGUAUAUUCAGCAGUCCUUGUGUGUGUAUUUAGCAGUCUGUGUGUUUGUAAUGUAUGAAUGUAUUGCAUUUGUUGGAGGUACCAAUAAAUAUAAGCGUAAUUUUAUCGAUAAUUUACAUUUUUAUUCCUGUGACUGGUUGUGUAGGCAGGGCCCCAGUGCACUGCUUUGCCCGGGAGCCAAUAAUGUUGUUAAGAUGGCACUGGGUAGUUGUGCUUUCACUUAAAUUAUUUAUUGUUGAUCUCAGAGAUGAACCCAUUCAAAUCAUUCCAUGAAACUCUACUGUACUAAUCUGCCCUGGCUUAGUGAUCCUUUUUGUUUUACAUAAAGUAAACAUUGAUACAUUUUGUUUUACAUUAAGUGUGGUAUAUAGUCUGGUAACAACACCAUCUGUAACAGACUGUUAAAUCUUAUCCUUAUGAAAACACCUACUUUAAAUCUAGAUUUGAAGCUUCAGCAAUCAACUGUAAAAUGUUGACCAACUAUAAAUAUUAAUGAUAUUAAAUUAACCUAAUUAUUAUUUUUACAACAUAUUUAAAAUCCAUGAUUUUAAUUUUCACCUAAAAGGUUUCUUCAUUGGUGGCCACUUUACUUCAAAGUUUUUAAGACCGUAAACCACUACUAUACAAUGGUGAAACCGACUCUGUGGGCCUUAAUCUAACUGUUUAAUUGUCUUUCUCUUAUUCUAGCAAUCCCUUCAUCUACGUGAUGUCAUGGAGACCUUAUUAUCACAAAAAAACAUUGAUACAUCUGAUUUUGAUUGGCAAAAACUCACACGAUUUUAUCUGAAGGAAGAUGGUGAGUAAUAAGUUAUGCGUCUACACUUAUGUUCAGAAAUAUAUUUUUUAAUUAGUGAAUUUUAAAGCUUCAGUAUGGCUAUAGAAGACCUUUACAGAUUUCAGGAUAGAUUUAGCUCUGUGGUGUGCAGGAAAAUACAUUUUGAUGAAAUAAUGAGGACCUUAAUUAUUUAGCACGCCUCAGCACCUUACCACUGAUUAAAAAGGAGACUGAGUAAAGAAAAAAAUCCAGUUCCAUUGUUCAUUCUAACUUGCCCCUCGUAUCUUGAUAAAUGUGAAGAGAAUUACAAGCCCUAACCUCUCAUUUAGUAAGCUCAGCUAGCACUACAGAAACUUACCCAGAAAAACAUAAUAUUCCACAAAAAUAUAAUGAAUAUACACUGCUCAAAAAAAUAAAGGGAACACUUAAACUACACAAUGUAACUCCAAGUCAAUUACACUUCUGUGAAAUCAACCUGUCCACUUAGGAAGCAACACUGAGUGACAAUCAAUUUCACAUGCUGUUGUGCAAAUGGGAUAGACAACAGGUGGAAAUUAUGGGCAAUUAGCAAGACACCCCCAAUAAAGGAGUGGUUCUGCAUGUGGUGACCACAGACCACUUCUCAGUUCCUAUGCUUCCUGGCUGAUGUUUUGGUCACUUUUGAAUGCAGGCGGUGCUUUCACUCUAAUAGUAGCAUGGGUCUACAACUCAGAUAGUGCAGCUCAUUCAGGAUGGCACAUCAGUGCGAGCUGUGGAAAGAAGGUUUGCUGUGUCUGUCAGCGUAUUGUCCAGAGCAUGGAGGCGCUACCAGGAGACAGGCCAGUACAUCAGGAGACGUGGAGGUGGCCGUAGGAGGGCAACAACCCAGCAGCAGGACCGCUACCUCCGCCUUUGUGCAAGGAGGAACAAGAGGAGCACUGCCACAGCCCUGCAAAAUGACCUCCAGCAGGCCACAAAUGUUCAUGUGUCUGCUCAAAUGGUCAGAAACAGAUUCCACGAGGGUGGUAUGAGGGCCUGACGUCCACAGGUGGGAGUUGGGCUUACAGCCCAACACUAUGCAGGAUGCUUGGCAUUUGCCAGAUAACACCAAGAUUGGCAAAUUCGCCACUGGAGCCCUGUGCUCUUCACAGAUGAAAGCAGGUUCACACUGAGCACAUGUGACAGACGUGACAGUCUGGAGACUCCGUGAAGAAUGUUCUGCUGCCUGCAACAUCCUCCAGCAUGACCGAUUUGGCAGUGGGUCAGUAAUGGUGUGGGGUGCCAUUUCUUUGGGGGGCCGCACAGCCCUCCAUGUGCUUGCCAUAGGUAGCCUGACUGCCAUUAGGUACCGAGAUGAGAUCCUCAGACCCCUUGUGAGACCAUAUGCUGGUGCGGUUGGCCCUGGGUUCCUACUAAUGCUAGACCUCAUGUGGCUGGAGUGUGUCAGCAAUUCCUGCAAGACGAUGGCAUUGAUGCUAUGGACUGGCCCGCCCGUUCCCCAGACCUGAAUCCAAUUGAGCACAUCUGGGACAUCAUGUCUCACUCCAUCCACCAACGUCACGUUGCACCACAGACUGUCCAGGAGUUGACAGAUGCUUUAGUCCAGGUCUGGGAGGAGAUCCCUCAGGAGACCAUCCGCCACCUCAUCAGGAGCAUGCACAGGCGUUGUAGGGAGGUCAUACAGGCACGUGGAGGCCACACACACUACUGAGCCUCAUUUUGACUUGUUUUAAGGACAUUACAUCAAAGUUGGAUCAGCCUGUAGCGUGUUUUUCCACUUUAAUUUUGAGUGUGACUCCAAAUUCAGACCUCCAUGGGUUGAAAAAUGUGAUUCCCAUUUUUUAAUUUUUGUGUGAUUUUGUUGUCAGCACAUUCACCUAUGUAAAGAACAAACUAUUUCAGAAGAAUAUUUAAUUCAUUCAGAUCUAGGAUGUGUUAUUUUUGUGUUCCCUUUAUUUUUUUGAGCAGUGUAUAAUAUAAAACCCCAGAACUCAUGUAUUAGUGAAGGAGACCCACAAUAAGUCACCUCUUAAAAAAAAAUAAAAAAAAAAUACGAAAGACAAAUAGGUGGGGUCCUGUUAGUAGAUAAAAAAACAAACUCAUACUUGGCCAUACAUUGUGUACAGCAUGAAAGAUUAAUAACUGUACGAGAGCCUUACAAUAUUUCUGACCAUUUUACCUAUUUAAUAAUAGCCAAGGAAUUUGGAGGGUCAUAUACAGGUAUAACAAUUAAAAAGUGGCUUGCUUAUGUUUUUCAAAAUCUUCUUUUUUGAAGGACCUGAAUAUAGUUCAAGAAAAAGACUAACAUGUUAAGUAAUAAAAAUAUCCACUGGGAAUGUUCAACCCAGAUCUGCUCAUUUUUAGUUUUCAGCAUCUACCUGUUAAGCUUUACUGACUCCAACACUAUAGUCAGUCACUGUUCUCUUCUUAUCUGCAUGGUAUUUCAAAACUAUGCUAAGCGGAGAGGGGGCAGAGUUGAAUAAGCAAAGAACGACUAGUAAAGAAUUUAUUUUGUGAAAAGUAUUGAAGUUAUAGUGGUGCCUGGAUUGUGCUUUGAGUGACCCUUUAUACUAUAUGUAUAUGUUUUUACAGAUGGUAUACAGAGACAUGAGAUAAAUAUCCUUGAUGCCUGGUAUACCUAUGGUUGUGAGUUCUAUGGAGCACAGAUCCCUAUUAUCAUGAAUCCUGUAACUGAAAAAUGUUUCCUUAAAAUAUCACAGGUAACUAUCGAUGUUGUAUUCAUAAAAACACCAUCUUUCUUUUUCUACAUAUAACGAGACACAUUUUAAUAAGUAUUAGAUGUGUUGAACAAAAUUAUAAUUUUAUAUUGUAUGUAAAAUAAGAUCUGAGUAUUUAAAGUUGUAAUUUAAAAAAAAAACAAAUACAUUUAAAAAAACUAACGUGAUUGUGUUUUCAUAAAUAGAUUUUAUUUUAUUUGUUAUAAACAAAUCAAUAUUUUAUAAAAUGGUUAUCAUUAAAGGUACUUCUAAAAACUAAAAAUCAUUCUAAGAGAGAAGGAUUAAUUUAAGACAAACAGGACCCAUUUUUGGUAAAACAAUUAAUUUGAUGUGUAUUUAUUUUUGAGUUGCUCAACACUCCUCUAAAUAAUACAGUGAUUUGAAAAUGUUUGUGUCAUCUUGAGCAUGAGUGUCUAAUGGGUUAUUUUGUCUUUAAGAUGCUUCAGCAAGUAAGUGGCGUGGUCUUAGAAGGAGAACAUGGAGUUGGCAAAUCAGAGACAAUAAAGGUACUCACAGCAAGUCUUUUUUGUCUUAAAUAAAAUUAUAUGUUAUAUAUAAUUCCUUACCCUGAAUUAAACUCUAGUGCUAGUAAUUAAUCAUUAUUAAUGUUAUUAAUUCAUUAAAUGAAGAAAUCAUUCCUUAAUAACCUCUGAUGUUAAAGAUCAAGGAAUCCCAUAAUACUGUAACACGACUCCGUGGUAAGCUCAAAUGUCUCUAAAUCAAUAUUCCUUGUUAUCACAAACUGAUCUGUGUCCCGAGAUGGCUUUUCUACCCUCAUGAUCAUUACAUGAUGCAGUUAUCCUUGUCACUAAAUUUUUGUAAUUUUGUUUUAAAAGGUCACUCCAUGCACCAUGAACACCUUAUAGAUUUGAAGUGGCAUGGUGUCUAGAGUCUGUAUGUACAGUAUGUUGCUUUAAAAUGCUGCACACAUAGAAAUGAAUCCCUUACUAGCCAAAGGUGUAACCCCACCUGUGACAGCAUCAUUAACAAUCCCAGAACAAAGUUCCAAGCUGGCAAUUGUAAAUUCUGUUCAAAACUGGCAUCUGGUGCAUGCUGGCCCCAGACAACCAAUGUCAGCACUGGCCCACCUCUGUACCGCUCCUGUCCUCCCUCCCCCCCCCCAGUGCAGGCUCCCGGCCAUCCCUCCUCUCACGGUGCGAGGGUGUGAAGUCAGGCAAGGAGUAACUGACAACAGGGAGAACCUGGACUCUGUACUGGAUCAAGAUCAGUUUUAGUUUUUUUGUUUUAAUUUGGGGGUUGGAAAGACCAUCUCAGAAAUAGUUACUCUAACCAAAACCAGUGGUUUAUUAAAAUAUUGUUUUUUGGCUGGUGUAACCCUUGUUGACAACAAGUAUCUCUGAACAGCAUCAACAAUUAUAGACCAGAGGUUCCAACAAAAAAUUAUGUUUAAUGAUCAUUAAUACAGUAAGAAAAUGAUGUGAUCUGAGGGGAGAGAUACUAGUUAGAACUCUGCAGUAAGCGGUCUUCUGCAAAUAUUUAUACAGCAAAAACCACAAGCAUUGCCUAUGAAAACCAAUUAUGUCAUAUCUCAUGAUUCGUAGAUCAGCAUUAAUUAAAAUAAUGGUUUUAGCACAGCAUUACAACUUGAGGACUAAAACUAAUGUUUCCCUAAAAGUAUCUAAGCAUCAGCUGCUAUUUCCACCCUUAAUAUUGCAGACAUCAGCAAUAUAAAAUGUAUUUUUGGACAUGUUAAAUUGUAUUGGUUGGCAUCCUUUGAAGUGUAUUUUGUGCAAUCUUUCCUUCAUCAUUGAUAUAAAUCCCUGUACCCCUUGCCAGUAACUGUCCUUGGGUAAGACACCAACAAUAUAUAUCUGCCUACCGCAAAUCCCCAUAGAUUGCACACUUUAAGAGCAGGGCCUUUAAAUAUCCCCUUUCUAUAAUUAUACAGCACUGCGGAAUAUGUUGGCUCUAUGUACAUAGUAAUAAUAAUAAUAAAAGGAAACAAAACAAGACAGACAUACAUAUAUUCUGCAUCUAGGCUGACCAUAUGCUCUGCAGCUACACACACACACACACACACACAAACCAACAGCCUGAUAGUUCCCCUUUUUGCAUAAACACAAGUUGCCACAGUCAUGAAAAGCAGCCAGAGUUCUAUAUAACUUCAGUCAGCAUAAAAAGAGGUUAAAGUGUAAGUUCUGAGUUCAGUGUCAAAAUGGAAGCACAAAGGCUUCUGUUAAGAUACAGAAGAAACAAUAAGUAAUAGGCAUUACAUAUUUAAAACUAUUAUAUUUCAAAAUACUCUAGAGUUGAUUACCUUUUUCAUUCAACCCUAUGUAAUAGUUAACAUGUUUAUAUAAUAUUUUAUAUUUUAAGGAUGGAGAUGAGAAUCUGUUUAAGUCAAUGAAACAAACUAAUCCAAUUUUGUUGUGAUUUACCCCAGGGCCUCGCCUAUUUAUUGGGAAAGUUCCUCUUCUUCUUCACAUGCUCAUCAACAACGGAGGCAUCUGCUAUUAGAAGAGUGCUAACUGGAACUGCUGCUGUGAGUAUCUAAAAGUUAUUUAAUGGUUGCAAGGAAACCCCCGCCCCCAAAAAAUGGAAUGAAUGAACUACAACAGCUGACAUGGUACUAAAUGAGACUGCUCAUUUACAUAAUGCUUUUAUCAUCCACCAUCUGAUAAUCAGUUGUGCAUUGCUGAUUGAUUGACAAGCUAAUUUAAUUGAAAUACUCGCUGAGGAACACUAUAGGUGCUUAUUAGAAUUCAUGUUAAAUAGUUGCAGUGAGACAAAUUUAAACAUCAGGAGUGCAUUUUGGGGAAUUGUGGCUUCACCUUCAUUUUGGAGUGCAAGGACAAGAGUAUCUCUAGUGCAUAGCACAUGUUAGGAGGCAGAAAACAUACCCAUGUACCAGAUACAAAUCCAGAACAAAUAAAGAGUGUCCAGCACUCCUUUAUAUUGUGAACUGUUGUAGGACCUGUAGUAUGGUUUCUAAUACUUCAGUACUCAUUACAACGGUUCGUUUCAUGUCAGCAUAUAGAUUGGUCAAACAUCUUUAACCCCUUAUGGACCAAAUUUCUGGAAUAAAAGGGAAUCAUGACAUGUCACACAUGUCAUGUGUCCUUAAGGGGUUAAAUACCAAUUUCAUGAAUAAACGUAUACUUCGUUUACAAAUCAAUUUCACCUUUAUACAUCAUUAAUGUAAUGUUUGCUUUGUAAUGUUAGUUUGCUUGUAAAAUAUUUCACAAGCUUAAGGAGGAAGUAGUGAAUACAAGUACAUAUUGUUUGCUUUCAGCGCUGACCCAGAUAGAACCUCUAGUGGCCGUCUCAGUGACUAUGCCUUUUCUGUUAAUUGUAGUGUUUACAUAAAAAAUACUUUAGAAACACACUAUAUACACCAGAACAAUUACAUUAAGCUGGAGUUGUUCUGAUGGCUAUAGUGUCCCUUUAACCACAUGCAAUAUAAAUCAUGGGGCUGUUUUAUGGUCCCUCAUACGAAAACUUCAGAUGGAUACUAAAGAUAGACCAUAGCAUCACUAUACAAUGUGCAGUAUACAGGGGAAAAUACAUUUCAUCUAGAUUUUAAAGAAAUAAAAUCAAAUGAAGAAGCUGUGACCUAACCUUUAAUACCACUCUUGACACUAAUAGGCCGUCAAGUAUUGAACAGAUGGCUUGAAACAUUGUCUCGUUAUAUAUAUAGCUUUGUAUGCCAUUUAUUUCUGUAUACAUCACUAAAUUUAAUGAACAGAUAUAUUGUCUUAAACGUACAGCAAGUGAAUUCUGCAUGUCUCCCUGCAUUUGAUACAUAGGACGGAUGUUGGAGCUGCUUUGAUGAUUUUGAUCUGCUUUCUAAGAAUACUGUGUCUGUUUUCAUGCAUGGUGCCAGUGAACUCUAUGACUCUUUGAAAGCUACGCUCGAUAAGAAUGGUUUACAAGAUGAAUAUAAGGUUUGAAUCACUUCAUUGGAUCUAUAAAUGUGAACAUAUGUUUAAAAUAUUAUUGCAUGACCUACUUUAACGUUUGGUGCUUGUGAAUUUAUCAUGGAAAUGAGAGAUUAUUUGGGUUUAAAGUGAAAAUAUAUAGAAAUAAUUGAGAGAGUGAAUAUCAAGUGGAUUCGGUUAUAAAAUGAAAAUAAAAUAGCAAUAAGGAUUGAGAAGGCAGUUUUUAUUAAAAAAAAUGCUACAAAUAAGCUUUAUUUACUCUUGCUAAUGAGUAAAAAAUUUAAUUAAUUAAAAAAAAAAAAAAGGAUUGAGAAGGCAAGUACUCAAUCUCAUAUCAUUUUCAAAUAAACCAGAAAUGUCCACCCCCAGAAUCACAACAAUAGCAGGGUUAUUCACUAAAGUAAGAAUUGUCAGGAGUACAAAGUGAAUUUCCAAAUUUAAUGCCAAAAUAGCCAAAAAUGUCAGUUUCUGCCUCUUUAUCAGGCUAAACAGCCACAAUAUACAUCUUUUAUUUUUUAAUUUAUUCUAUUUUCCACUUGUUUAUUGGAAUUGUCUCUUAUGUAUUAAUAUUUUUUUACCAGUCACGGCAUAGUACUCAUACUGUACAGUGCUUGGUAUCUGGCUUUGAGGUUAUGUUCAUAAUAGAAAGACCAGAUAUGUAACAUUUCAAGCACACAUUAGGUAGAAUUUAGAUUCUAAGUAAAUUAGCAUUAGGUUUGCUAUAUGUCAAAAUAUAAUCUAUAACAGUUAUUAUAUUAUUUACAAUUUAAAAAUCUACUUGUGUUCAACAUAUCUAGUGCUUAUUAAAAUGUGCCUGUGCAUAUGUAAGAAAACAAAGAUGGUCUUUUCGUGAACAUUACAUCACUAGCUUUAUUUGGUCAGUGCAGUGGAAGUGACUCUAGUGGCUAUGUAGAAGACAGCCAAUAGGGGUGAAUUUAACUCUGCAAUGUAAAGAUUACCUUUUCUAAAAAGAAUGCAGUGUUUUACAUUAUAGGGUUAAAAUGACAGGACCCUUGCACCAAGACCAUUUCAUUAAGAUGAAGUGUUUGGGUGAUUUUUUGUGGUCAUUUAAUCUAAUUAAUGUCUCUGACAAUUAGUAUGUAAAUUCACUUGUUUCAUUAGCCCAUAAACGGUUCUGCUCUUUGCCCAUGAAGUUUUUUAAAUUCAGCACUGUAUAUGGUGUUAUGAAUAUUGUCACAAAAGUAGCAGAUAUGGUGAGAAACCAAGUUAAUUAUGUAAAUAAUUGAGAACCAAUAUAAUAACUCUGUAGUCAAUGAUGAUGCAUAUUAAAAAAAGAUAAUUUAUGCUGGCACUCAAUCACAUAGGUGGUGCUGGUAUUCGAGGUUAUCCCUAAAAAAGCCCCAUAAAUAUCAUACAAAAAAUAUAUAUAUAUGAAUACCGCACUCAAUGUUGUAAAAUAAUCAACCGUAGGUAAAAAGGUACUGUAAUUGAAUUUAUUAUUUUUUUAUUAAUUUUUUUCUUCAAUGUCUAGGUAUAUAACUUAAUAUGUGAGAUCAUGAUUUGAUCAAAAGAAUAUAUUACAUCAUAUAGUCAAUUGCUAUUUACAAAAAUAACCUCCAUAGGUGUUAUAUAGAUAAAUAAUCGAUAUAUAAACACAGUUGUAAGUAUUCCUGUUUGCAAAUCUAAGGAAAACCUAUCCAUAUGGAUAGUAGUUGAAUCUGUGGUGUUCUAUGUACAUAGAAAAAAGAAAAAAUGAAAAAAAUGAAAAAUGAAAGAAAUAUGUAAAAAAUGAAAAAAAUGAAGAAAAAUUUGAAAAAAUAUAAAAAAAUAAAAAAAUAAAUAAAAAGUAUACAUAUAAUAAAUGUCCUGAUGUACAAUAGUCCAGAGAAUAGUGCACUUUUGUCACCCUCAAAGUCGUUGCUGCUAUGUAUCAGAUCGGAGUUAUCCGCAAUGAGAGUGCCGUCACAGUACAUGGGCUGCGCGCUCGGGACAUCCACGUCCCUUCGAAGGCCCCUGGGGAUGUCCCGAGCGCGCAGCCCAUGUACUGUGACGGCACUCUCAUUGCGGAUAACUCCGAUCUGAUACAUAGCAGCAACGACUUUGAGGGUGACAUACGAGGACCACAUCUGACACCUUUAUUGAGUCCUCUUUUCAGCGCACAACAGGAAUUUAGCAGGUUUAAAAACCCUCCAAUAGACACUUCUCCAUUCUUCACAGAGUCUUCAUUUUUUCCAGUUGCUACUAAGGCUACAAUCCAUCUGGAUAUCCAACUUGGUGAGAUCCACCUAUUUAUUAUCUAAAGUGCACUAUUCUCUGGACUAUUGUACAUCAGGACAUUUAUUAUAUGUAUACUUUUUAUUUAUUUUUUUCUUUUUUUAUAUUUUUUCAAAUUUUUCUUCAUUUUUUUCAUUUUUUACAUAUUUCUUUCAUUUUUCAUUUUUUUCAUUUUUUCUUUUUUCUAUGUACAUAGAACACCACAGAUUCAACUACUAUCCAUAUGGAUAGGUUUUCCUUAGAUUUGCAAACAGGAAUACUUACAACAUAUCGAUUAUUUAUCUAUAUAAUACCUAUGGAGGUUAUUUUUGUAAAUAGCAAUUGACUAUAUGAUGUAAUAUAUUCUUUUGAUCAAAUCAUAAUCUCACAUAUUAAGUUAUAUACCUAGACAUUGAAGAAAAAAAUAAAUAAAAAAAUAAUAAAUUCAAUUACAGUACCUUUUUACCUACGGUUGAUUAUUUUACAACAUUGAGUGCGGUAUUCAUAUAUAUAUAUUUUUUGGAUGAUGCAUAUUACAUUAAAAGAGAUGUUAUGGAAAUUGUGAAAUCUACUAAUUUUAUCUUUCUGUGUUUCCAUAGAUUGUGCCGAACCCAAACUGCAGCUUGUUUCUUACAGUAUCAGGGAGUUCUGGGUGUCAGGAUCUAUCAAGUCACAUGCAGGCUGUCUUCAGAGCAGUCUCACUGGUUGUGCCCAAUCACACUGUCCUUUUAAAGGCCAGACUCACAAGCCUUGGCUUCAAGAACACCAAAGCCCUUGCCACUAGACUCCAACUCAUUUCAGAACUGUUAAAGGAACAGCUGUUAGUAUUUUGCAUUCUAUUAUAUUUGUUAUCACUUUUUACAUUGUACUUUUUGUUCAGACUUUUUACUUUGAAUUAAGUCUAUAUAUAACAAUACUUCAUGCAAAUCAAAAUAAGAAUUUGAGAAUAUUUGAGUCUGGUAAAUGAGCUAUGGAACAUGUAAGAUGUUUAUAUAAAUACACACAUUUUUCUUCUUCGUAAUUACAACAUUAGAAUGCUUACAGCCAUGUGCGUAAAAAAAGUUAUGUUUAUUUCAACUACAGUCAAAACAAACUCACAGUCUAUGGUAGAUAUGCAUUUGGGCACAUCAAAUUUCUGACGAAUUUAUGCCCCAAUUUUGGCAAGCAAGUGAAAGAGCAUUAAAAAAAAAUACUUUUCUUAUUUGUGCUUUCAGCUGUUUACCAGAUAGUUCUCGAAUUUGGUAUCCUGUCCUUAUGUGGCAUUUCCAUAAUUAACGGUACCAAAUUAGGAACUUAUCUAGUAAGCAACUGAAAAAGCAAUGGCGUUUCCUAUUUUUGCUCUUUCAGCUGUUUACUAGAUAGCUCCAUAAUUUGAUAUCCUUAGACGUUUCCAAUUCUGUUGUUGUACUUGAUGCCUGGUUGGGAACCACUGAUUUAGGGAAAAUGUGUUGAAAUCUGAGAUGAGCAAUAUACAAUCCCUGUUCAGAUAUUAUAUACUUUUAAACAGUUACCAGAGUGUUCAUUUUUGUAUUAUUUAUCAUUGUUUUUCUCUUGAAGUCCUGAGGAAUAUCACCACCAUUUUAGCUUCAAGUCCAUGACUGAAGUUAUAUACAGAGCGUGCCAAAGGCGUGAGCUGGAGAAGAUAACGAAUGGCCAGUCCAGCCGUUGGGAUUUAGAAGGAGGAAGGCUGUCUCGUUCUAGUAGUGUUGCAUCUUACCAGCAUUUCACAAAUGUAUCAAGUAUGUGAAGUUCUCUUUCUAAAUUAAAAGGAAACUACAAGCAUCAAAACAACUUUGGCGUAAUAAAGCAGUUUUGGUGUAUAGAUCAUGUCCCUGCAGUUUCCCAGCUAAAUUAUCUGCCAUUUAGGAGUUAGAUCACUUUUGUUUCUGUUUAUGCAGCCUUAACCGCACCUCCCCUAGCUAUGACUGACACAGCCUGCAUGAAAAAAUGGUUUCCCAUUCAAUCAGAUGUUAACUUGCUUUAGAAGUGUCAGGAUAGUCUAAUACCCAACACACAGAACUUAAAUAAACUAAAUAUAUGAACCAGAAAUGCUAAAAUGUAUAACCAGACUUUGACAUUAAUAAUAGAAAAGUACAGGACAAGCUGAGGUCAUGGGAGUAGAAGGUAUGUAAACAUUAGACAAACCAAAGCUCAAGGGAUAUAAAAGUCAGAAUAGUCAAAGUACAAGCCAAGGUAAAAAAUACACAAGAAUUAAUACAAAUAGCAUGCUCUCAGAUAACCAAACAGGAAACCAUGACAGGGCACUUGACGUUGGAAGGUGCGUGCGCGACAUCAAUGUGAUGAUGCAUGCAUGUGAACGGAAUUAUGGGUAAGACCUAUGGGGCCGUGUAACUCUUACUUUCAGAAUAACCUUCUCUUACUUAGAAGAAAUAACAGAAGGGAGGCUACUCCAACCUCUCCUUCACCUCUCAUGUCCAAUUGAUUGCCAAGUCCUGCCGCUUCCAUCUCAAAAACAUUGCAUGCAUCCGACACUAUUUAACGCCUGAUACUGCAAAGGUGCUUGUCCAUGCUGCUGUCCUCUCUCGCCUUGACUACUGUAAUCCACUUCCCAGUGGUCUUAUGUGUUCCUAACUUGCCCCGUUACAGUCUUUAAUGAAUGCAGAAGUGAGGCUCAUCUUCCUGUCCGCCUGCACCUCUCAUGCCUCCCCCCUUUGUCUGUCCCACCAUUGUCAUCCUGUAAGAUAUAGGGCUCAAUUUAAGAUCCUGACACUUGCUUACAAAUCUCUACACAAUGCUGCUCCCACCCACCUAUCCUCACUAAUACACAAUUAUGUCCCAUCUAGGCCCUAAGCUCUGCCGGAGACCUGCAUCUAAUCUCUGUACGUACUCCUACCUCUGAUGCUCACCUUAAAAACGUCUCUAGGGCUGCACCGUUUCUAUGGAAUGCCCUUACCCUCUCUGUUAGACUCUCACCUAGUCUCCACUCCUUCAAAAAAUCUUUGAAAAUGUACUUCUUUAGGAAAGCGUAUCAAUUAAGCUCAUAGGGCAGGGCCCUCCACCUCUCUGUUCCUGUACGUCCAAUUGUCUGGUUAUAAUUACAUGUCUGUUAGUUCACCCAAUGUACAGCGCUACGGAAUGUGAUGGCGCUAUAUAAAUAAUAAAAUAAUAAUAAUUAAACUGUGAACAGCUUUCUCUCCCAGCACCCUGAUUCCUCCCCUGAAACUGUCAUCAAAACAAAACACUGAGCCCUCAGUGAAUACUAUCUUAGCAACCUACUUUUCUAUCCUUACCUUUUGUGUCACUAUACCCCACUCCCUCUAGCAUGAAAGCUCAUUGAGCAGGGUCAGUCCCUCACUUCCUGUGUGUCAAACUUGUCUUGUAACAAAUACAAAAUAAUAAGCGAUAAAAGCGCUAAAAAACAGGCAUUCAAAAGGCAAAAACAGGGUAGGAAGUCCUCUGAACAAGCAAUUGUGAUUAAUGUGAAUAUUACUUUAUAGUGAUAAGAAAUAUAAAUAUGCUGCUGCACACUUUAGUGUUGACACCCAAGGGAACAGACCUUUAACACACAGUAAGAAUAAUAAUAAGUAUAAAAAUAUCCACAACAUACAACAAUAAUAUACUUAUUAUUCUUGUUACAAAUACGUGUCUGUUAGUCUACACAUUGUGCAGCGCUACGGAACCUGUUGGCGCUAUAUAAAUAAUAAUAAUAAUACCAGAGGCAGUGUAGAAAGAACUGUUUCAGGAAGAGUUGUGUGUUGUGUUAUUGCUGGCCAAUUCUACACCAGGGAAAAGGUCAGACCAAUUGUCCUGAUUAUGAGAUAUAAAACCUUGCAAGAAUGCUCCUAACGAUUAGUUAGCUCUUUCUGCUGCCCCAUUUGUUUGAGGAUGAUAUGAGGAUGAAAAUGACAAUGAAAUUCCUAGUUCAAAACAGAACUUCCUCUAGAAUGGAUAUAAACUGUGUACCCCUAUCAAUCACAAUUUCCUGAGGGAGUAUAUGUAGCCUGUAUAUUUAUAUUCAUAACUAUAUGAAACUAGUUCUGCUGACAUAGGUAUUUUAGGAAGUGGAAUCAAGUGGACCAUUUUAAAAAACGAUCCACCACUGUUUGGAUUGUAGUGUUCUCUUUUGAUGGAGGUAAAUCUCCAAUGAAGUCGAUAGCCAUGUGGGACCAAGUCACUUUAGGAAUAGGACGCAAGGUAAUUGAUGUGAGGUUUUGGUCAUGGCCCAAAUAAUACAAACCCUCACAUAUGGUAGAACAUCUGAACUCAAAGAAGGACACCAAUAUUGUUAUUAUUAAGAUGUACAAGUCAAAUUGAGGGAUAUGUGUUCAGGAUUGUAUAAAAAGUGACUCCUAAAUGGCAGAUAAUUUAGCAGUGAGACUUAAAAAUCAUGAUAUAUACGCUAAAACUACUUUAUUAAGCUAAUGUUGUUUGGGUGCCUAUAAUGACCUUUUAAUGGCUAAUAGUAUUGUCUAUGUUUUCGUCAUUCGACAUUAAUUCCUUAAACCAUACAUGCAUAUUUCAAAGUAUUUUUUCUGUAUGAAGUAAGAUCAGAGGAAAAUCUUCCUGCUCCUAGCAUAGUCAUGGUAUCUUACCAUCCACCAUAUGCACGUAUUGUCAUGUUCCAGCACUGGGAAGGCACCCAAUAUAUUUCACUUCCUAUGCCACCAAUACACUGCAUUUUGGGGAUCUUCCUGGAUGUUGUAUAUAUUGCUACAGUGGUGCAGCCCUGGUACCCUUGUUAAUAAAAUAGCAUUGGCCUGGAAGAAGCUCCCACUGAAGACAGUGGUGAGCUGUAUGAAAUCUUGCGUAAUAAGUGCUGCCACAUUGAGUCAUUUUGCUGAACCGUAACUACUAAUAGACAAAAGAUAAAAUAGCAACUCAGUGUACUAUUUGCGUUUGGCAAGUUAGAAUGAGUUCAUUCACAGUGAAGCUGAUAAAUUGUAUAACAAUGUUUCCAUUUUAGGUCCAGCACCCAGUUUAAAAACUGGUAACAGUACUGACAGAAACAGGAAGUCCAACUCUUCUAACCCAGCUCUAGUGGCUGCAAAGGAAAGCCAUGCAUUGAUAGCUGACGCACUGCAAGAUGUAAUAGGACCUCGAAUGGCUGACCAUGUAAGAUGAAGAGUCACUAAAAGCAGAGAUGGUUAAUCAUAUUAUUGCAUUGCUGAUAUUAGCUUUUUUACAGGGAUCCACAUUAUUUACAUGACAUUACAUGACCUAUUUUUUAAUCAUAAAACUCAGGCAUCUUCAAUUGUAAUAAUAAUACUAAAAUAAAUUAUGUAAAACAUCUUUUUGGGUUACUUUGACCCCCAAGAAGCCCUUUACUCAAAUUUCUUAUAUUGAGAAUCUGCAAGAAAAAAAAUAGAGAAAAAGAGUCUAUGUCUGCAAUUUAAACAAUUCGUGGUAGCUGUAACGGAUCACCUGGCACCCUGACUUGGUACCUCCAUUGAUGGAUGCUCCUAGCGCUUCCUGAGGACUCCAAGCACUGCAGCAGACACCAUAACCACCGUAGACUCCUCCAGAGAGCAAGGCAGGAACAAGCUCUUACAAGAGCUUAGUAGUGAUAUAGCAAGGGAGUAUGACAAGCACAGCAAUCCCUUGUAGCACUCCAAAUUGAGGGUGAAGUAGAACUGCCAGAGCUGUGGGUUUAUUGUUACACAUUAGUACCACCCACAGGGUUUUGUAAAACAACCAAUAAACACGUACAAUACACUCAGACACUCCCACACAAAAUCCUCCCCUCUGCCUAUGAUACAAUUACCUUACACAAUGGGUUAAUGUUAUUAUCACAGGCAGGGAGCCCGGCGCUGGAGAAAGGUAAGCCUUUAACCCCUUCCUCCCCCAAGAGCCCGGCGGGAGGGGGGCCAUGAGGGUGGGGGGGACCUAUUAAAACUAUAGUGCCAGGAAAACGAGUUUGUUUUCCUGGCACUAUAGUGGUCCUUUAAGGACAGAGUAGCCAAAUGUAAAGAUAACUAACUUCCAUUUCAGCUAUUUUUACCUUAAAUGUGAAAUUCACUACUAAUUCACUACUUUUGUGAAUAACCCUGUAAAUGUCCAAUUCUUUCAAAUGAUGGGAUUUUAUAAAGCAAGUUAGCAAGUUUGUCCUCAAUCAAACUUAUCUUAAACAUUGUAUAUUUUACACAAAGGCACUUGCCUCUCUACAACUUAAUAAUAUGAAUAAAGUGACACUACAGACCCAGACCAUUUCAUCUCAUUGCUGUGGUUCUAGUUUCAUUGUCACUGUCCCCUUAGUCUUGCAGUCUUUCAGAGAAACUAAAUCUUUACAUUGCAGGGUUAAGACUGCCUCUAGUGACUGUCUACCAAACAGCAACUAGAGGUGCUUCCUGCUCUUUCAAAUAGUUUAACUACGCUUCGCAUGAGGACGCCCAGCGUCAUGAAAUCCCCCUUAGAAAAGCACUGGUUAAAUGCUUUCCUACAGGGAAGGCCUAAUGCACAGCAUUGCCACACAUGUGCAAUAGGUCCCCCCUGGCUGAUGUCGGAUGAGGAGAUGGAGUCAGCACUAAGGUCCCUCGGUGCUGGCAUCAGGCAAGUGUUUAAAGGUUAUUUGUUACCCUUUACCUGGUGGGUUAGAUGAGAAAAGACCUUCAGGGCAGAGGGAAACUAUAGUGUUGCUUUAAGGAAAACAGAAGCUAUGUGAAUCACUGAUAUUACACAGUGCAAUUCACUGACAAAAUGAUGUAAGCAUAUUUCAUCCUGGUUACAAACAUUUGGCCAUUUUCUUGCUACAUGUUGUAGGGUGUACAUAAUUACAUAAGGCAGAGCCAAAUACUCACUAGCAUACAGAGUGACAUACAUUUGAAUUUCUUUUACAGAGUUCUUUGGUGUUCAAGCACAUUAUUGGAGAUGUGUUUAUGGGAAUGCACGACACAUCAGGAGUGCUACAAAUAUCACACAAGGAAUUAGAACGAGCCAUUUUGGUGAAAGCAGAAGAAAGCAAAUUAUUUCCUCACUCUCCAUGGCUGAAUAAAGUCAAACAACUUUUCAACCUAUCACUAGUAAACACUGGUAAACAGAUUUUACAAUCAAUAUUUCAUAUACAAAGGAAACUGAUUAUUUGCUUGUGUGGUCCAGAAGAAAAAAUAAAUAAUUUCAUAAUGAAAGUUGUUUUGGUGGCUGAGGAUCCUCACUUGAUUACAUAA